CUCACACACUCUUCUGUGCAGAGAGGCAAACAGAUGCGCUGAAAUGCUUGGAUAAAAGAUGCUCUGAUUUGCCAAUACAUUUCUCUAUCUUCUCCCUGGGGAAUGAUGCAUCUAAUGAUGGAUAGAGUCAGUUUGCUGUGCUGCAUCUUACACUGGACACAGGCAUUCAUCUUGUCCCCAGCUUCUUCUUGGAGUAAAGGAACAAAACUCAGAAUACCUGUCUUUUCUGGAUCAGUGCUGGAGAACUGGCCAGUUGGCACCAAAGUCAAUGGUUUGAACAUCCAUCUGAACAGGAUUAACCCCGAACCCUGGUGCUCCAAUGUAGCAGGACGCAAACUCCACCUGCAACUCCUGGGGGAGGAGAAGUCUCGUUUUGAGGUCUACUUUCAUCACAGGUCUACUCAACUGUCUCUAAAGACCACACAGGUCUUGGAUAGAGAGGAGAGGUCCAGGUAUCUCUUUAAAUUGGGUCUAUGUUGCAAACUAUGUAUCUCCCAGGAGAACAUUGUCACAGAAUUGGCUGUGGUGACCAUACACGUGUUGGAUAUGAAUGACAACGCUCCUCAGUUUACUCCCACCAGCCUCAACCUCUCCAAGAUAAGCCUAGAUGAAACCACAGGGCUCAAGUCUGUGGUCCACAAGGUGAGUGCUUAUGACCCUGACCAUGGCUCCAACGCAGACCUGGUCUACUUUGCAGAUCCCACCAGCAGCUACUUCUUUGUCAUCCCCAAGACAGGUCAGGUGGUCUUGGUGAAGUCCAUUCUGGACCUCAAGAAGAACAUUAACUUAACCAUCUUUGCCAGAGACCAUGGCCAACCACCAUUGGUGAGUGCUCCUCUAGAAGUGCAGAUCUGUCCCAAGAUGAAGAAGUUUUCUUUGCCCAGCAAAGGGGAUGCAUAUCAUGGACAUUUUAAAAUCAAGAGGUCAACAGCUGAUUCUUACUAUGCCAUCUCCAUACCUGAAGAUGCCCCUGUGGGCUCCUUGGUCACAACGUUGAUCCCCAGAGAAUACAAUUUAUCAGUUUUUGAACUGCUUUCCACAAGUCCUGGGGAUUCUCCUAUUGCAGUGAACAGAGAGACUGGAGAGGUUACAGUGUUCAGGACCCUGGACAGAGAACGCACAGCAAGCUAUGAGUGUCUCAUCAAAGUGUUGGACAGAAUUGGUAAGAAUGCAGACAGUGCUUGUACAAUGUUUUAUGGCUUCUAGACUACUUCCUGCUGGUAUUUAAGGAACUGAAUGAAAUUUUAAGCAUUUUUAAUAAGAUGCUGUGCCCUUGUGGUCAUUUAAUCAUGUUAAUUUAAAAGCAAGCAAUUAAUCCUAAAAUAUUUUAUUGGCUUUCAAAUGUUAAUGUAAUAAUCCCUUGACCUUAACAGUUAAUCAGUUUGUAUCAGGAAUGAAGAUAAGUGUUGUUAGUAAUAGCAAGUAGGUAUCAGUGGUUAAUUUGCAUAAAUAUAUAUAUAUAUAAUUUUAUCUCUGUAUGUUUAAAUAUGUUGUCUUUGUGUUUGUAUAUGCUGUCUUGGUAUCAACGCGAGUAUAUAUGCUUUAAGAAUAGUCAAAGGUAAAAUCAAAGUAUUGUGGGAACAGACAAGAUUACUUUUACUUUUUUAAUAGACUACAACUUUUUUAAUAGACUACAACCUUUAAAACCGCAACACACUUUUUUUGUGUGUGUGACCUAAAAAGCGAUGAGACGCAGAAAAAGAGGCUAAGUAAUUAUUUCACAGGUUUUACCAUACUUUACACCAGAGUUACAAAAAAGUAAUAUGUUAAGAUGUCUGCUAGAAAAGCAAAAUGGCUUCCUUUUUUUGUUGCUGGGUGCUGCUAGAAGGAUUUUGUAUUUGCGUAGGUAAAAUAAGGAAAGCCACUAACAUUUAUACUAUAUUUUGUAGAAUGUGUUGGCUCUUUGAGCUUGCCAGCACAGGGUGCACAUAUUGUGGGAUGUGAUGUGAGAUAUAAUAUAUUAAUUGGAAAGCUUUGUUGCCAUAGAGUGUGCCAGUAUGCCAGUCUUAGCUUGAUUCUGGAUACUUAAUUUGUGGAUACUUCCUGUUCUGUAUGAAACAUUUCUCACAAAACAGUCUCACUUUUAUGGCAAACUCAAGGUUAAAACCAAACAAAUGACAAAAUAUAACAAUGUCUAUUUCUGCCCUCAUGCCUCAGCAGCAGGGAAGGGCUGGGCAGGGGAGCAAUGGCAAAUACAAGGGUUGUGGACCUCUGUUUCUCCGCACCAUUCUAUAAUAUUUAUAAUCAAUUUUAUGAUCUCUAUUGGCACAGCACUGCAGGACUAGAGGGGCAACUAGGAAUUGUGUAGGGCAUUUGCCAGCCCUGCAUUGUGUGGGUUGUGUGUAUGGGUUCCUGGGCUAACAUCUCAAUGUUAGACCUCAAUGCUCUCGAGGUCUGGACUGGCACAAUUAAUUUGUAAUUACCCCAUAGCUAACAGAUGCCAGCCCUCCCUCAAUGUUCAAAACACCCAAUCCUGAUCUGCCCAGUAUGAUCUGUAUGCAAAGGUGGACAUUGGCCUUCUUCAGAAAGUUUUAAAGUGGCACAGUCAUCAUGGAAACCAAGAGAAUCUCCCUACCCACUGCUCCACUUUUUUUUUCUACUCCUGGUUUGGCCUUAUUAAUAACCCUACUUUACCCUAGACCAGUUUUCCCAAUCCUGACCUCAAGGAAUUCAGGUUUUAACAGUAUCCUUAAAGGAGCUAAAUUAUGAGUUAUCUAAAUCGUGUGGUGUGCCAAGAUGACUGGGUUGGGUAUGGCAGCACGCGACACCUGGUUUGCCUCUGUCCCAAUGAAGAUUAACUGAUGACCUUUAAUAAAAUGGCAUUUUGCUUGUUAAUCUUUUCCAGGGAGAUCUCUCUGCUGAUAUUGCACAUAGUACAACGAGUUAACGGAAUAACCAAAUUCUGUCAUUCUAACCAGAGGACUGACAGAUGUUUCUGCCUGAACAACUGUCUUUCAAUCUGGUCAGAAUAUGCAAAUGAAAAGCACAAGGUCAUUUUGCAGACUUUUCUUUAACCCUAGCAGAUUUUUUUUUUAACAAAAUCUCACUUUUGCUGGAAUAUUUUAACAUGUAACUGCAAGGCAAAAGAGAUUGAUAAAUUGUAUUUCUGUAACCAGCAGAAGAUUAAGUUUGUUUUUAAUUUUAAGAAGAAAAUGUCCCUUGGCUCUCUGUUUGCACCAAGUGUCUAAAAAGAUUGUGGUUUUUGUCUAAUCCCACAUAAGGCUCGUUUUGCUUGACCCAUUUUCAUCCAUAGCGUUAGUACAAUAAUCCCCUCUUAUAUAAUGCUUUCACUGUAUCUUAUGGGCCUGUUUUUGUACCCUAAAUCAUAACAUUUCAGGAACUCCCAUCCUUACAAAAAUAUUGUCUGCUUGUUAUACAUGAUGGAGAGAGAAACACCCAGUGUAGCUCGACAUUAAUUCAGGGGCUGUUUGAGAAAGUAAUUGAAAGCAAGGUAGUGGAUAUAUGGAACAGCCUUCCAGCACAGGCUGUAAAGGCUGUGGCUUUAAAAAUUUAUAUAUUUGAAAAAAUGAUUAGCAGCUGAAGUGAAUGAAGGUCUAUUGGUUUAUUUUGGCGUCUGCAUUUAAUUGCGUGCAUGAGGUUCAGCUAUGGCCUGAUGGGCAUUGUGGGUAAGUUGUGGCACUAAUCCUUAAGUCAAAGCUGUACCUCUUGUUCUCCCCUGGUGUCUGUUUUGUAACAAGACUUACCUACCCCCAUUAGACUUAAAGGAACACUCCAAAUACCAUAACAAUACCAUAACCACAACAACAGCUCACUUAAGGGGUUAUGCUUCCAGUAGCCCCGUGGCGACCCCUGCAAUUUAAGUGGUCAGACUGUUUUAGAAUGGCUUGACUUCUUACCUGGGUUCUGCCAAACGCCACUCUCUGUAUCCUCCAGGUGAACCAGAAGCUUCAGCUCAGGAGCUACCAAUAGCUCUCUGGAGUUAAACUCUGCUUCGGGGCCGGCUCAUUAGCGGAGAAUGUCAGCUGAUUACACUCAGCCAAUGAGCUACGCCUGCACUGCAAGAACUGGGGAGCUUCUGGCUGCAGUGAAGGGGCACCGGGGCACCCCUGCCAACAUAAACCAGUACAGCGCUCUGUAGUGGUUAUGGUGUUUGGAGUAUUUCUUUAAAUAUAUCUUCCUUCUCAGAUCAUUCUGUUAAAGAACCCAGAUAGCAUGGGGUGAAAGUGAGCUAUUAUGAUAUAAAAUAGGUUGUUGCAAUAUAGUCACGUUUACAAGUAAUCCAGUAAUUAGAGGGGCAGAGGGCAAAAUAAUAGAGUUUUCCUGUAGAAAGCCGGGAAUGUGCAGGUAGGGAAGAGAUGUUGAAGAAGUGGAUUUGAAACUGGUGUCAAGAUGCACGAGAACAAUAUCAAGUGUGCAGGUGGUGACGUUACAAUGGCACUGUCACUUUGAGGUAGAUUGGUUUUAAAAGCUAUUGGCUGCUUUUGGUUUUUUAUCAUCUCAUGUAGGACCAGAUGUUUGUCUAAGGCAGCAAAGAAUAGAGUUUCCACCACCGCACCCAGCCAUAUCAAUAUUGUAAGGUGCUGAUUCUUGCAAAAAGCGUAAUAGAUGCAUUUGAUAACAUAUUGCCCAUGCGCGAGAUGAUCACUUGUUAGCUCUCCUCCUUGUUUCUAUAAAUAUUACUUAAAGUGACACUCCAGACCCGUAAAGCACUGUAGCUUUUUGAAAAGCUUCAUGUUUAAAGAGUGUGUCCUAUUUAUUCCAUUUUGCAAAAAGUUCAGAUUUCAGUAGAAAUUGACAGAUUUAUGAAUUAACCUGGUUCCAACUCUUCUGGCUUUCAAGCAGACAACAGGUCCUGUUACUUCCUGGUUUGCACUCAGUGGAGCCAAAUUCAAGAGUCAGCAAUUGCCCAGAGCACCUGCCUUGCAAAGACUUCUCAUUGACCUGAAUUAGGAAGUCUGUGAUUGGACAGUCACAGAAAGUCUGUGUGGCGGUAGAAGGGGAGGGCUUGCAAAGACCAAACUGCAACUCUUGCAAGCUGUAUUUAGAUGUACCUCAAUGAGAAAAAUGCAUAAUUAAACAUAUGAACAUUUUCAUUUGGGGCACGUCUAGUAAACACUGAUAUUUAUUUUGUGUUUGGGCAGUGGAGUAUCCAUUCCUCCCCUAACGAGGAAGCAUCACCCCUCUUAAAAUUAAAUUUCAAAAAUAAAGCAUUGAUUAUCACCUUAUUUAUGCCAGGGCACAUAAUGCAAAUGAGGGGGAGAAACAGGAAACUUGUUUCAUAUUUCCUCUACUCUCUAUACUUUCCCUAUGCUGACUGCCAGGUGCAAAGGACAUAGUUAAUAACAAAGACUAACAGGGAGGCAAGAUGGAGGCUUCUAGUUGUAGCUCAAAAAGACAUGGAUUUCUACAUUUUGUUUUUUCACACCUCACAAGUAUACACUGAUCAGCCACAGCAUUAAAACCACCUGCCUAAUAUCAUGUAGCUCCCCCUUGUGUUGCCAAAAUUGCUCUGAGGCGUCAAGGCAUGGGCUCCACAAGACCUGAAUGUGUCCUAUGUUAUACAUUAGCAGCAGAUCCUUUAAGUCCUGCAAGUUGCAAGGUGGGGCCUCCAUGGACCAGAUAUGUUGUUCCAGCACAUCCCGCAGGUGCUCAGUUGGAUUGAGAUCUGGGUAAUUUAGAGGCCAAAGCAACACCUUGAACUUUUUAUGUUUAAUAUUUUUGCAGUGUGGUAAGGUGCCAUUAUCCUGCCGAAAGAGGCCACUGCCAUCAGGGAACACCAUUGCCAUGAAGGGGUGUACACAGUUUGCAACUAGGUAGGUGGUACGUGUCAAAGUAACAUCCACAUGAGUGACCGGACUCAAGGUUUCCCAGCAGGCCCAGAGCCUUACACUGCCUCCACCGGCCUGCCUUGUUCCCAUAGUUCAUCCUGCUGCCAUCUCUUCCCCAGGUAAACGACGCACACGCACCUGGCCAUCCACCUGAUUUACAAAAAUACACGAUUCAUUGGACAAGGCAACCAUCUUCCAAUGCUUUCAGGUCCAGUUCUGUCUGGAAUGUUUUUGGUGGUGGCCAAUGGUCAUCAUGGCCACUCUGACAGGUCUGUAGCUAUGCAGCCCCAUAUGCGUAAAACUGAGAUGCGCUGUGUGUUCUGACAUCUUUUUAUCAUGGCCAAUAUUAAGUUUUUCAGCAAUUUGAGCUGUGGAAGUUCGAACCAGACCUGCUAGCCUUUCCUCCAUAUGUGCUUCAAUGAGCAUUGGGUGCCCAUUGCGCCCUUCCUCGCAUCUCUUUUUUGGUAGGUACUAACCACUGCAUACUGGCACACCCCACAAGACUUGCAGUUUUGGAGAUGCUCUAACACAGUCGUCUAGCCAUCACUAUAUGACCCUUGUCAAAGUCCCUCAGAUCUUUUUGCUUGCCUAUUUUUUUUCUGCUUCCAACACAGCCUAAUAUAUGCCACCCCCUGACAGGUGCCAUUGUUGCAUCGAAGCCCAGUACUCUGGCUGAGUACCUCUGUUAGAUGACUCUUUGUGAAGGAUACAACAGUAAUAUUUAUUGUCACCAAGCAUGCAUAUUUAUAGGGACAAUCACAACUGGGAGUCAUCAACUGGGAAAAUAGGUUACUUCCCUCGCACCCCUGUGUCUAAGAGUUAAUUCAAUGAUCUAGCACUGACUUUAUUAAUACAUUAAAAAAAAUAAUAAAUUUUCAUAACCAUACAUGAACAAGUUAUGCAUCCCCAGACAGGGUUAAUGUACAGAGCCUGAGAAAUUGGUGAGUGAAGUUUAACCAGACUGUGGCUAUUUCCCGAUCCUGCACAGAGUUCCAGGCUGUCACGGAUAAGAGUCAGGCUCGAAAAAAGGAUUCUCUGGCUCUGGAGAAGAGGCUCCACCUGGAUCUCAGUGAGCAUUGAUGGUUCGUCCAAAAAGUGCUCUUUUGGGUAACAGGAACAAUCCGAAGUUGCACCGGGCAGGCUCCUGGCACUUAGCCUAGUUAGCGUUCGAGGUGGUUGCACUUGAUCCCACUGAAAGGGUUGCGGCUGCCCCGGUACCCUAGAGCAGUCCCAGGGAUGGAAAGUGAGCGCUCUAUGCUACAUGAGCAUGGAGGGUACAGGGAAAUGUCAGGGUUGGGAUCAAGCUCCUUUAAGGGAGUUAUAUGUUGAGUCAUGCACCAGUUGGUGGUAUAGAGGAGGCGCCACAACAAUUGUAAUGAUAUAUUUAAUUUUAUUCACUUCACCCAUCAAUGGUUUUAAUGUUGUUGCUGAUAAGUGUUUAAGUGUGAAGCUGGUAACUGGGGUUGAAAGAUCAGAAGGCAGUGGAGGUAUUAGAUGUUUGGGGCGAUGAGAGCAAAAUAAUAAUUGUAUGCUAAUCAUGUUUAAUUUAUAGAUUUGCAGCACAGUAAAGGGAGCCUAGAAGUACUUGGCAAACCAAGAACUAAUCCGGAAAAAAAAGAAAUUCAUUGUACAUAAUGGAGUUUUAUGGAAGUUGGAAGAUAAAACAAGAUGUUGCACUCCAAUUAAUGAGGGCAUAUUUCACUAUAAAUGUGAUUAUAGAACAUUUGAAUGAUAGUCUGAUACAAUGUAAUUAACACAGCUUUAAGGCCGACUUCCUCUGGUUGAUCUGGAUUAGUGCGGUAAUAUUGGUUCUUGGCGGAUUAUGACUAACACUUUUGGAUCAACAGAUUUCAGCUGAUAUUGUGUCUCGAUAAUCUUCUUUUCCUGCACAUCUCUAAACGUUCCGGGCAGACUCAAGUUUUGUAGCCUGCGUUCUAUAUUAAACAAACCUUAUCGGGCUAAGAUUUAAUUCCUAAAACCUUAGCAUCCACACAUUUUAUUCUUUAUUUUUUUAUUUUUUAUUUUUUAAACUGUUCAUGUGUCAGAAUCUUUGGCUUGCGUCUGGAAUGUUAUUUGAUAAUGUGAUCUCUUGGAAGCUGUGCUGGUUUUCAAGAGCUAAUAAAUGUAACAGGAACUGAUAUUCGUAGAUGUUAUAUUUUCAUGUUUUAAUCGUAUAUCUCUCUGUAAUAUGUAUGCAGAUACUAACUUACAUUUUCUGCAAUUAAGCUGCACAUAUCUUUACUCCAGCACUAGUUCACAAGCUGCAGAGGACACAUUUCUCUGCAGGCUCCAUUAUCUGCAUCUCUGCAGAAGAACUGUAAAUGGUGGAGUUUCUUCAGCUGCUUUUUUGGUUUAAACUUCAUGACUGAAGUAAGGCAGAGGACGCAAUGUAAACACACUGUAGGGAUUCUUUGCAGGCUGCACAAAGAUUCUCGGUGUGAUUGUGCUUAAUGUAUAGAAGUGUUAUACCCAAAUUCAGUCAUUGUUUUUAUAUUGUGGUGGCUGUUUUUUCCUUCUUUUUAAAAAAAAUGUUUUAGGACAUUACAUUCCUAGAAAUGCAUACAAGCUCCUUUAAAAAUACCCACAAAGAUUUAUUGCAUUAUUUAAAAAAAUAAAAAAAAUAUUGUAGUUCUUUGCCUCUGAGGCAAGUACUCCUCCUGGAAAAGCCAAGUUAAGGCUGUCUGUCUCCCCGGCUGGCCUCUGUACAGGAGACUCCAUGGUCGGUCAGUGGGUAGAUCAGAGAUUUUCCUCAACCUCCAGUUUCCUAAAAAUGUUGUUGUUGUUGUUUUUUUAUACUUUAACCUCUACCCCCCCCACUAGAGACCCUAUCAGCUCCAACUAGGUCCCCUGUCAGUGCUCACUACAGCCCCCUAAUCCCCAUACUAUAGCCCUCUAUUCACCCUACUACAGUCCCACCAGUGCCCCUCCAGAGACUAGGUUCUGGAUCUGCCCCUGGUCACCGCUACAUCUUACAAAAACAUACCUGCUUCUCCACUAAUAUUUUCGACCGUGCCUGAAGGAUUGCAAGAUAAAUGAUACUAUAUUAUGUCUAAAACUUUCCAAUAUUCCAGUAAAUAGUGAGUGAAUAAGGGAACGAUCGCCAUUGAAAAGAAGAAUGACAAACAUUCACUCUGUCCAUGUCUGGCUUGUAAUUGCUGAUCACAGCAUAGUUUAGAUUUCUCUUAAUCACAUCUUCAACUCUUGGCUCAACAAGCAGCAGGAGAUUGAUUUGCCUUGUAUUGCCUAUUGACGUAGGGAACUAGCAGGGUUAUUUACUAAACUGUGAGUUUUCAGGAAUUAAAAAUACAUUUCAAAUUGAAGGUGAAAAAGGAAAAUUGAAAACGUAGCUGACUUUGCAAAUGUUUACAGUUCUGCCAGUUUAGCCUAGAAUUUAAAUUCACUUUGAAUACCUGACAACCCUCUCUAGUCAAUAACCGUGUCCAAGUCUAUAUUUAAUUAUUUCUGUAUUAUGCGUUCCCUGACUUGUAUGCUAAUGAAUGAAGAAACAUAAAUAUAUGUGUAUUAAAAGAUGGGGGCUCAUAUUGAUCACAAAAUACAGCAUCUCAGCCCCCCUCCCCCUUCUGUUUUCCCAUUAAAAACCUCUAAAGAAAUACAAAAAACAAGAAGAAAAAUUGCAUUUUGUGUUUUCUGUUAGCAAAUUGCUUUUUCAUUACAAGUUCAGCUGGAGACGUAUUUUCUUUUCUGUUUUGCGUUUGUUGUUCUAUUGAUGAUUUUAGUUUGAAACGCUGCGUGGAACUGGCGAUGCAGAAUCAUUAAUCUUUUCACAGUCUCUUUUUAAUGGCAGCUGAGAAAACGCUUUGUAAAAAUGCCCCCGGUCCCAGAAACCCAAACACGAACUGGGGGGUUCUGUUUUAAUCCACCCGUAUCGUUCUUUGUGGAUUUAAAGGGAAACAUUCUAUUUGGAAUCUUGUGAUGGCUGACAUCUACUUUUGCGAGGUUCUAGGGCCGCUUAAACUUCCUGGUGUUGGGUCAUGCAUUCUCUACCGCAUAUCAAGAAAGAUGUCUCGAAGAUGUUUUACUUUGAUAAGUGAGCAGAUGUUUCCUUGGAAAUAAAGCUGUCACUCGUCGUCCCAUCUCCUGUACCGGAAUUGUCUGUAAUGUCACUUCUACAACCGUACUUGACAGUUCAAUUUCCCAAGACAUUUGGCAAUAGCCAAAGGAUUUACUGCAUUGGCUUUUAUGUCCUUAAUAAUUAUUUUCAAAGAAGCCUGUUGGGCAGUUGCAAUUCAGUCUAGCUGCGUGUGCGUCCUAUCCUUGGGAUGAGCGACCUGUGAGGUCAUAAAAAAAAGUCACCCUCUGGUGGGCGCCAGCUUUCUUUCUCUUGUUACGUUAAGACGUCAUGGGUGAUAAAUUGAAAAUACUUCUCCAAGUAAAAAAAAAAAAGACAAACUCUCUCUUAAAAAAAAAAUAAAAGACUAGUUGGAUAUAAUGUAUAAAUCUGAGAAUAACAAUUUUUUAAAAUUUUUUUUACUCUUUUGUUGUUGGAAGAAUGACUAUUUUCCAUUUUUGUACUGUGCUAUAAAGGUACAUUCUCGUGCUCAGACUUGGUGGUCCCUAGACUUUAAUGAGUCGGAUACUCCCCACUGGAAUGGAACUGUCAUUACUCUAUAAAUUGUCUAAUCCGUGAGAAGUUACAUGCUUUUUUUUCCCCAUUAUUGAUGGUGCUGUGGAUGAAAGAUCAUGUUAAGUGUAUCUGCUCAGAUAAACUAUGAGAUUGACUUCAAGUUGAAAUUUGACUGCCAUUUCUGAGUCAUGAAGAAAUGUUUUCAUUUUUGCAAAUAAUUUAAAGUGGUACUUCUAAACAAAGAGUGCUUAAACAUGGCUGCAGUCUUGGAAUGUGUCUGUCAGGAGAUCCUCGGAAAAGGGGUAUCAUAUAUUCAAUAAAAAAUGGUUCAUUGAAUCAUGCAGUCCUGGGUUUUGAAUAAUAACUAGAUUUCCUUAAAAGGGGUCCCAGACAAAGAUGUAAUUUAAAGGAACACUAUAGCAUUAGCGAUGCAAACCUAUCUCUGUCACUUAAUCUAUAUCGGUCUUCCCCUUGUUCGCAAUAAAUAUUUUCAAAAAUGCAAAGUUUUGCCUGCUGUUUCCAGCACCAGCAGACUUGACAAAGGCUAAAGGGAGUCAAAAUAUUGUGUUUUAUUUUGCACUCCAAAUGAAGACUGCCUCUCAAAGAAACCUUCAGGUGUGCCCAGACCACAUUUUAAUUACUUUUUCCAGCAACUCUUCUCCCUCGGGAACGGCUCUCUCCGCCUCCAGUGACGGAAUGGUCCCCUCCACAAUGGUCCAAUACAAUACUGCUCACAGUGGAGCAUUAGGGAUCUACUGAUCAUGCGCAGCAAAUGCCGCACUUACAUACAAGCUUCCAGAUAAGAAAACAUUGUAUUCAAUGCUUUCCUAUGGGCUUCCGCAUCACCUGAUUUAUAAACAUUUUUACACGAUUAGUGCAGUGAAGUUAUGUUGGCUGUCAGUAUGACGACAACCACUAAAGGUGGCUUUAACCCUGCAAUGUAAACGGUGCAGUUUCCAAAAAAACAAACAAACAGAAACCUGUCAUGAUUUACAAUGCAGGGUUAAAAGGAAGAGGUCUGGAUGACUAUAGUGUCCAUUUAAGGGAGACUACUAAAACCCACUUCCAUGGAAGAAAUGGGCGCUGAAAUCGGGUGGACUUUUUCUUUAGGCUGAAUAAAUGAGAUCGAUGUAGCCAGAGCGUGUUCAUAAUGUUUAUAAUAAGUACUGCAAAUAUUUGGGCUCUGCCUGCUUUACAUCACAUUAAACGACCUGUGUUGUCAGUUCAACUCUGGCUCCUUAAUGGUUUUGUGUUAUUUAUUUAUUUUUCCUUUUUCCAUUGCUUAAAAUGUAUUUAAAUUCUUUUUUUCUCUCUCUCUUCACAAAAUUUUGUAGCCUGGUUUUUGUGAAAAAUGCGUCGCGUCACCUUAAUUGCCAUUAAUGUCCCAAAGUAUACCUGACGUGCCUCUUGUAGACUUGUAUUGUGCUUCGAAAUGGAAACAUAUUGCAAAUAUAUUGCAUGCAGAGCAAUUCAAUAAAUAUCCACUGUAGAUUAUUUCUUUUAAGCACACAAAUAAUUAGGAGGAAAUUCAGUUAAAGCUGCAUCAUAUUUGUGUUGGUUUGCUCAUUAAAAUCAAAGAGAAGAGGAGCAUGUUGUGUGGAUCUCACACUGAGAACUCUUUAUAUCUCUUUAUAUCUCCUUGGUUUCCGUAUGCACAGAGCUGUUUGUGCUUUUAGUGGUCUGACGAGCUGAAGGGGAAUCUGUUAAUGUAUUAGAAGUCAUGACAUGAUCACAGUCAGCAAUUACAAACCAACCUCUUAUAUGCUCCGAGCAGGUAACAAAUACAUAUCGAAAAUGUAUCUUGUAUUAACUCUCUCGUAACGCUACUUAACAGCCAAAGGUUUAGAAAACCCAUUCAUUGUCUCUCUCUGCCAAAUAAAUUAUUCCCUUGAUUUAAUUGUAGGAGCUUCCACACCCAAUACCCUGACUGAUCUUUUACUAAAACCACCUUUUAUCCAGGAAACUUAAUAAACUGAAGUCAUAAAAUGUUUAGAAGUUCCCUUCUUUCAGGUAAUAUUAAUGUAACAAAUGGUUAUGCCAUUAUCCGGAUUAAGGUUGCCCAGAGUCCUAGGCAGGAUGUGAGAUUGGGUCCCCCUCCUAGAGCCCUGGACUUUGUUCUGUGAGAGUUGUGUAGGAGAGCUGUGUCUGUACGUACUGGUUGAGUGUUGUGUGUGGUGGCUAAAAUUUGUGUGAGGUGUCUGAGUGUGGUUGAGCAGUUGUGUGUGUGUGUGUGUGUAUGUAGUGUCUGAGUGUGGUUGAGCAGUUGUGUGUGUGUGUGUGUAUGUAGUGUCUGAGUGUGGUUGAGCAGUUGUAUAUGUGUGUGUGUAGUGUCUGAGUGUGUUGAGAAAGGGAAGUUUUUGUUUUGUCCUAUUGAUUUCCCCCCUCUCCUGCCUACCCUUUGUAAGGAGGUUACCACUAGUGGUCCAUUCUGUGCAGAAACCUGGUUUUCUGAUGGCGGUGAGAAAAAAACAUUGUGGUCUGCACCUCUAAUGGCUGCAGGUCACUCUAAAAGCAUCCUUGGGGUUCUGGUGCUCAGUCAAUGACUCUGAGCACUGGCUGAAGCACACAGUCAUUGAGAAGUGGUGGGCUAUUGGGAGGGCGAUACUAAAGUGACCUACACCCAAUCAAGGUGCAAAGCUCCCUCGUGGUAUGAUGGUGGGGGGGGGGGCAGGGCUGAGGUUUAUGAAUGUUCCCUUACACCCAGGGACAGAGCUCUAGGUUCCUAUCUAAGCCCAGGCCCUAGAUGGUCACCUAAGCUGCUUUAUAGGCAAUAUGGCUCUGGUUAUGUCAUUUAAUAUGCCAACUUUCAUCACUUGUUAAUUAUGGACAUGUUAAUGGCUGCAAACGAGCGGUUAACAAUGUUUACAAGAUCACAAUCCUAUAUAUCAGAUUUUUGACAACACGUUCUGCAUUAACAGUUUGCUUUAAAAAAGGCUUUAUACUGUGCGUCAAGCAGUCCAGCUUAAUCGAUCACAACCUCUCUGGAUCAGAUUUAUCAACAAAUUACCAAAUUUUCCUUAUUGCAUUUAACUGGCCAAACUGAUUUGGAAAUUCAAAGUGCAUUUCAAGUUAUACGUGAAAAUCGGCCACCGGCAAACAUAACUGGCUUGGAGAAAUCUCUCAAUUUUGGCCGACCAUUUACGAAAUUUACUUUGAAAGUCCACUCGGUUUACACUUUUACCCUGAAAGAGGUGGGCUAUUCACUAAGUGAGAAUCCAUGUUGAAUUUCAAACUUAAGGCCAGAGUAGUCGAAUUGAAAGCACAAUUGACUUGGAGAACUUUUUGAGUUUGGCUAUUUUGCCCUGAAUUUAAAAAUCAUUUUGAAUUUACUUUGAAUUCUCAUUUUAGUAAAUAAGCCAUGUGAGAUUCACCCUCCUCUCUCAUUAAUUUCCGUUAUUGAGAAGAGUGGCGAGCUAAAUCUUGGAUAUACAAGAAUUAUUUGAAAAUAAUUAGAUGUAGAGCUCAUAUAUAUGCUACAUGUGUUUUGAUGCUUACUGUCCCUUUAACAUAAUAGAUUCUGCUGAAAGAUUUCAUUUCGUGUUGCGCUGCUUCCAGUAAUACCAAAUUAAACAGCCAUCCUCCUUUUAUACCGCACCACAUGCCUCCUACGAAUGCUUUAGACAAAAGAUGUUGAUUCUGGAAUUUGUUUAAAUCAAACACACGAUGUUGCUUUGUGAAGUGUUGUUAGUGAUUCAAGUAAACUCGUUAUCCAUCUUGGCGUUUUCUACAGUCAGUGAGGUUUUUUUUGUUUUUUUUCUUCUUCUGAUCAAAACAUUGUACCGUACAAAAUUUUCUAAGAAAUGAUCAAAAGGUUUCUGAGCGUAAACAUUUCAUACAACUAAGUAGUUUACAGCUUCUGGCUGCCAGGCUGUUAUUUGAUUUAAAGAGGUUUAUGAAAAAUACAUGUUUUCAGGCCAUUUAACAUGCAUCCCCAAAGUGUGUAAAUAUGGGUAUUUUUUGGUGAAACACAAAAAGUCAAUAUGAAAUAAGUAUAUCAAGUAAGUCACAGAACAUUAGAGAUAUGACACAUGUAAUGAGUGUUACACUCACUGGUGUUGUAGUUUUCCCUCAAGAAUGGAAUGCUGAUUUAAAGGGACACUAUAGUCACCAGAACAACUACAGCUUAUUGAAUUUGUUCUGGUGAGUAGAAUCAUUACCAUCAGGCUUUUUGUUGUAAACACUGUCUUUUCAGAGAACAUGCAGUUUUUACAUUACAGCCUAGUGAUAACUUCAAUGGUCACUCCUCAGAUGGCUGUUAGUGAUCCUUCCUGGGUCAUGGCUGCCUAAAAUGUAUCCAAACAUUCAGUGUCUCCUCCCUCUGCAUGCAGACACCGAACUUUCCUCAUAGAGAUUCAUUGAUUCAAUUCAUCUCUAUGAGGAGAUGCUGAUUGGCCAGGGCUGUGUUUGAAUCAUGCUGGCUCUGCCCCUGAUCUGCCUCUUUGUCAGUCUCAGCCAAUCUUAUGGGGAAGCAUUGUGAUUGCAUUAUGCCACCACUUCUAAUGAUGUCAGCAGACUGCUUGUUUUUUUCUGAGUCUAACAGCAUGCAGAGUUACAGCUUCAGGCUUGAAUACAGUAAGAGUUUGCUAUAUUUAUAGAGGCAUGAGGGGCCCAGAGAGGAUAGAUGGUGGUGUUAACACUAUAGGGUCAGGAAUACAUGUUUGUGUUCCUGACCCUAUAGUGAUCCUUUAAGGCCGAGAGCUUGGAUAUCACUGAAAUAGAGUGCUUGUGUUAUAAGCUAAUAGCGAAAAUUGCAAAAUAUAAAGAGAGAACCAGACCAAUUGUCACGGGUUUGUGGUGAAAGGGCUCAUGCAGAGAUGUGGACAAACACAGUUACUAAACUUAAAGUUUGUAUUGAUAAGACAAAUGGUUAAACUGAAAAGUCCCAGUAUAAAAUCAAAGAAAAGGACCAGCAACCAAAAUAAAGUCUUGGUUGAUGAUUCAGGUAGAAGCAAAUAAUAUAAAGUCUUAAACGGGCUAAGCAAAUGUUUUACCACAUGGUCCAGCACUGGAUCCAUCAGACGAGAGUUAACCACAACAAGGACAGACAAGGCUUCCCUUCCCCUGCACGCCGCAACCCAAGUGGAAUGACCGCAAGGGACAACAGGCAGGGAGCGAGUGCGGCGCGCAACUGAAGAGCCGCAGAUCUGGCUGGUUGCCGGGAGGGGAGUUAAGGACGUCCCUUACUCCUUGGACGCCAAGAACCACGUGGCGCCCAGUGAGUGAGCGUGACACACCAGCUCUCUCCAGGCGCGCCACAACACCAAUAGGCUCAUUGCGUUUUUGAUACCCCUAACCAAGGGGCUGUGGGGGGGGCGGGGAGAGAAACGAUUAACCAAAUAUUGUGAUCUGAGCCAGUACUAACUAAGCACAGUGCUGUGAUAACUUUGUUAAACCUGUCUCAGACAGCAUCAUAAAUCACUGGUCAGGAGAAGUUUAUCUAAUGAUUAAAGCAAAUAUGAAAAAUUUAAAGAAAACAGAAAAAGAAAAAAAACUAACAUGAAGCCAACAUGUGAGCAAGCCAUGUUCCUUUUCAUGGCAUCCCAAUCCUUAGCCAGGUUCCUGAUUGUCCCUCCACUAGGGACAUAGAGCACAAAGUUAUUUUUCUUUAUUAUUUUUUAUUUUUUUUACCCAUGGACCUGGCAACUCCAGCACAAGUACAUAUGUUGCGCCUUUUGCAAACGCACAAAAGGGCUGGGAAGCCAGUGCAAAAGUAUAAAGUGCACAGUAUUUAUCAAAUAUUGCUCUAUGCAUCUGACAACAUGCGUAAAUGAACAAAUAUAUAGCUUUUCCCAGUGUGAUCAUAUAUUCUAGUCUAGUGUUAAAUUAAUGGCAAAAAAAAAUAAUUCUUUGAUUUCAUGUGCUAAAAGCGAGUACAUGAACGGGCACAUAUACUACCUGCAUACAGUGUACACAUGAUCUAAAUGUUAAAACACUAAAUCGAUUUUUCUUUUUAUGUUCUCUAGACUCUCUUAGACAUAGCAGGAAUAAUUAUCAAUCUGUAGACACAUGGCUAAUUAAUUACAAGGGUUAAAUGUAGCAAUAUAUUAGCCUUCUUUGUGUUCUUACACAAACCAUCCUGAUUCACAGAGCGUAUGAGCUGUGUAACAAUGUUUAUGGGUAAUUGAAAAUUGAAAGUGACCCCAAAAUGCCAAGGUUUUUUUUGAUCGUCUCACACACUACACCAUAAUCGCAAUAAUGCGUAGUAUCGGUUCUGGGGAGCUGCUUAACACGUGUCAGGAUUUGUGCAGAAAUGUCUUAUCCAGUAUACUUAGUAUUCAAUGCUGCCACUUCACAUUUCAGCUACGAAUCGUCUUCUGUCAUUUUCAAACAGCGAUCCGAAGUCAUCCCGUCCAAAUAUUCAUAUUGAUCAGAUUCAGACUGGGCAUUGAUAAGACUUGUCACGUUCCCAUGAGGAUCUAUGAAAUGUAUCAAGUUAAACCUUUUUGAGGGCAAUAGACAAAAGCAAUGUAUUAAUUUAAAAAAAAUUAAAUUAACCCUUCUAGUACUAAAAGCAUUAAAGGGUUACUCAAACCAAAAAUAGUGUUUUGAUAAAUCACUGCUUUUGCUUGGAGUAACCCAUGCUGAUAAAAACUCACAUGUGAUCCAACGCCAAGACCAAGUUCUCCCUGCUCCGUUCUGGUGAUGACACUCCCCCCUCACUGCAUGAAGAGGGUGGGCUGAGGGAAGACUUAGGGCGACGCUUUAAGGGGGCUAUGUUGCCAUGGUCCUGCUAUGUGUACUGAUAACGAAUGCCUUUUAUGCACAGAAUUAACAUUGGUGUCUUCUAAAUCUUGUUCUGGGACUGGCUGUCUAAUGACACUGCUGAAUGUGGAGUUACACCUUUCGCAGCAAAUGUCUGCCUCUCCUUGUAUUCAACCCCACGCACCAUAACCACUUCAAAUCACUAAAGUAGUUAUGGUGCUUGGAGUAACCCUUUAAUUGAUCAUUGCACGAUCAUGGAGAAAGAAAGAAAUUGUAAACAGGUGUUUUAAUCCAGAUAGUAUUUGUAAUACAUUUCGGCUUGGUAUGAAUCUAUUUUAUGCAAUACGAAUACCUGCACUCUUGUAGGUAAAUGAUAGAACAUUUUGUAACUGCACAUCUAGAGGACACAAAAUAGUCCAUUUGUAGACAGAUAUAUAAUGUAGAGGAGAUCUGAGAGUGAUUGGUUAACUAUAAUGGUAGAGAAUCAACUAUUUGUUACACAGUGAGACCUAUUUUAUUGGCAUAAAAUGUCCUCCCAAAUUUCCUUUUUAAUUUAAUUUAAAAGUUUUAAAGACCAUUAAUAUAUAUAUUUAAAAUUCUUUAUUUUUUGCAGUGAAUAAAGAGGAACAUACAAGCCUUCAAUGCCCCACCAACCGUAAUAGUAGAACAGACGUGUGACAUUGCAAAAUGACAGCACUCAUUUUAUAUUUUAGUAGUAGACUCCGGUUAGGCAUAUAUGUCUAAGGUGACUAGGUUACAUUAGGUUAAUAAACUAGCAAGGCAUUAUUAAAAGUAGUAGUUGGCAUAAUAAGCUAGAACUAAGCCUUCCACCACCCCUGCAUGGGAUAUCGUCCGUAUAUAUGUGAGCUGCUUAGCGGUAGCAAAGGCAAUGUGCCUCUUAAUAUCAAAUAUGAUUCUGAAAGAGGAUAUUACCCACUAUGCUGGUUGUUAUGUGACUUAGUGUGUAGUCGGUGGGUACGGUGGGGGGAGGGGGGAGAGAAGUAAGGGGCCAGAAAUCCCCUAUGCCAACAGGAAAUGGGACGCGUCUCUAAACACGGAAUACAAUGGAGGUACUUGUAAGAGCUAAAAUCCAGAUCGUUACACAAAAGUUAAACUAAAAUAAAACCGUAAUGGUUCAAAAAAGAAACAAUAAUGGUGCAUAUGUAGACAAAAUAAUCGAGCGAUCUCUGUGAUUUUGUAAUAUUUUUAUUUGAUUUUUUUUUUUUUUUAUACAUGAUAUAUUUUUUUAAAUAUAUUUUAAUAUAGUCCGUCUUUCUCAACAGUUUGUGUAGAUGGGGACUAACCAGUUAUAUUCAAACAGAGAUCUACACAAAACCUGGACUGUUUUUUUUUGUUUGUUUUUGUUGUUCCCCCCACCACCUUCUCACUCAAAGAAAGGAUUUAGAAACAAUGGGCAGGGAAGUAACUUUUUUCUACAAAUUUCUCACUUCCUUCCGCCUCUUCGGGGGUGUCAGUUUGAUAGAAUUUGCACAUUGGUAUAAUAUUCAGAGAAGAUGUGAUAACAUUAUGCAAAUGUGACCUGUUCAUGAACAGGACAGUACAAUAGACAAGAAAAUAUUUUAGACUUGCGCUUUAUAAAUAAUAAAUAUAAUAUGAAUAUUUUUUUUUGGCAAGGUAGAAAAUCAAAUCUAAUAGCCAACAUUCAGCAUAUUGACAGCUUUUUGUAGUGUGAUUGCAACUUUAUUUUUAGAGAGAAAGUUGUAUUUAAUACGUUUGCCUUGUUUUGGAUCAACAAGAGAAAUAUGGUGCAAAAUAUUGAGUUUGGUGGACCAGUGUCUGUUAUCCAACCUAUAUUAUAAUGUAAGAUAAAACAGAAUGUCGAGAAUGUCACAUCUGUUUCACCCAGUUAGAUGGGAAACAAAAAUUUGGAAUAUUUUAGAAUAUUUAACAAACCUCGAAAACCACUGUAAAUUCUACAAAUACAUUUUCAUACAUUGCCCUGCUUGACAAAAUAAUCUUCUAGAAUUUUUUUUUUUUUUAAAGUUAACGUUUAAUUUAUUCUAAUACAAGCUUUUUUUUUUUAAUGCAAUUAUUCUUUACAAUGUUUCCUUGGAGCAGCCUGUGAUACAGAAUGUUGUUUAUCCCUUAUCAGAGUUCCCCAGUCCCUCUGAUUACGCACAACGUGAUCUGCUGCUUCAGAUAUUUGUGUAGAUAUGGCUAGUUUAGAAAACGAUAGAUGAAUAGGCUACUUCAUCUUAACUAGAAGCAAUCUUGAUUUCUAAAUUUAUGCAAACAAAUCCAGUGCAGUUUGAGCCAUAGCCGUAAGGCUGCUUCACAGUCCAACACCAUUAUACCAUCCGCGCUUUUAGCCUUUUUGCCGCCUUGCGCACUUUGGCUGCGCUGAUGCAACUUGUCUGUUGUUCUGAACAAUAACAAUAGCCUAAGGUUCCGUCACAAAUCAUUUGGCGAGCCUAGGCACCAAAUAGACUUAUUAAAGAUUUAGGCAUGAGGCUUUCUUUAAAAGCCCAUCUGCAUGUUUCAGCCUCUGCUGUUUCUACGGCUCUCUUUGUUUUUAAGCUCAGGGUUGGAGUUAAAGAACAUGUACAGACCAAUAAAGUAAUUGCAUUAACACUUUAUAUGCCAAUAGGGAAGAAUCGCAGAUUUUAAACCCAUCUGGCAAAUGAUAAUGCUUUUUUAUAUUCAUUAAAAAGUUGCUAAAUGUAAGUUCUUUUGAUAAUUUCCAUUCAAACAUUGGCAUCCGUGCUGUGUAUGAAAAUGCCGUGAUGACGCCACGUUCGUAAGAGCAGAGCAUUCACACAGAGAUCUUCAUAAUCGCUUGUAUGUUCAUAAACGUACUGAGGGCAGCAAGGGACAUCCAGUAACCGAGACUUGAUAUUUUUUUUAGUAUAAUUUCUAGGGUUAGGGGCGAUCUACUUUCCUUUUGGGGGUCACAUGAAUCCAAGAUGUUUUGCACUCUGAUUCCCAAUAUUAUCAGCCAAGCAAAGUUUGCCCUCAUGUGAAUUUAGGGUUAUUCAGAUUGUUGUUCAGAUGUUUAAACAUUUUGAAGUUGACAUUUGUAAAGGGAAUGCUUAAUGUUAAAAUCAUGCAUUGUAAGUGUCUGAGUAUUGUUACAUUAAAAAGUUAAAUUCCUAACAGUAAAGAGUCCCUCUGUCCUUUCCCUUGUCUAUGUAAAGGGUUAAAAACCUCUUUCCAGCGCCAAUGUCCCUCAGAGCUGGGUUGGGCUCUUCCACCAUCAACGUCAGCUGAUGGGAAGACCCAAAGCGCAUGCACAAUGAGUACUGCACACAUCAGGUCUUCCCAUAGGAAAGGAUUGAAUCAAAUCGUUCCUAUGGGCUUUAGAAGAUGCUAAACGUCCCCAUGCAAAAAUUGAGCACGUCCAGCAUCAUUUCACUGAGUCAAAUUCUGUAAAAGGCCAAGAAAUACCUCUGUCUGUCUGGUAGACAGCCACUAGAGGCAGUCUUUCUCUAAAACUGCAAUGUUUUAUAUUGUAGGGCUAAGAGGACUGCACCAAAGACACUUCAAUGAGAUGAAGUGGUCUUGGUGUCUAUAGUGUCCCUUUAAAUUUGAUCACUGUAAAGUACUCGCUCAAAGGUGCAGAACAGAUAAACUUCACUACAAGCUGAACCAGGUUAGGGUAUUCAGAGCUGCGAUUGCCUGAUCACAAUUUAAACAAAACAUUUUACCCAAUACAGCUAAUGCCUCAGAUUAGCUAAAAAUGGCAAAAGGCUUUACAGGAGUGGAAUAGGUAGAAAGGAGACAGGAUCGGUUCACAAAAUGAACAAUAUGGAUUGAGAUGGGUGACUCCAUCCCCCAGAUUAAUUGUAAAAAAACAUUUCCAGUAUUUUCGGUUAAAUCAUUCCUAUUUAUGUUUCCAUUGUGGAUAGCAAAAAGUACAAAUUUAGAGUUUUUACCAUGUCAACCAUAUUGUGACACAAACAUCCCAGAAAAUUGGGCAAUUAUUCUCCAAAAUCUGAUUUUAGAACUCGCUUCACCAUUAAGAUAUCAAGGGAGUUUUAAAUUGAGCUGGUCAUGAGAACCUUGUAAAACCCCAUAAUAUACGCUGUCCUAAUGAGUGCAGACAAUAUCCUCAAAUUAGUGAAGAACACACAGAGGCUUUUUUAAAAUAUUUGGCCUCAAGAAGCCUGGAAUCUGUAGAUCUUCACCUCAGUCCGCGUGAGCCCCACAUUUGUAGAAUCUAUUGCUUGACUGAAUAUUAGUCCCAUUUUUUCAUCAUUGCUAAAUUUUAUUUUUUCCGUCUUCAUUCUACCAGGGAAAGGUUCGUACAUCAUACACCUGGCACUAACAAUAAUGGAUGUUAAUGAUGAACACCCCGAAUGGACAAUGGAACCAUCUCCCUUCUUAGCGGUGGUGUUACCGUCAUCCCCACCCAGGACACGUGUGUACAGACUACAUGCUAUUGAUAAAGAUGAAGGCAUAAAUGGAGAAAUCGAAUAUUUUUUGCUUCAAGGUAAAAGAAAAAUGGUGUUUAUAAAACAUAACUUCACUAGGCCAAGAAAAUGGUUACCAACACAAAUAGGCUGUAGACUGAUUAGAUGUCUGUAAAUGUCUCCCAUGAGAUAAAGCUUAUCGAGAUGGUGAUUUUCUCCAGAGAUCCAAAGUAGAGGUUUUUACCUUUUUGUCCAAAAGGAACAAUUAGUUUUGGACUUUAGCCAUUAAGAAUACGGACAAUUUUCAAAAUGAUCUUAAAGAAGCUCUAAAAUGUACUAUUUUUGUUUUUACAUUUAGACUCUGUAGGACAUAGAGUUUGGUAUCUUUAUUCUUGUGGAAUUUCUGAAUCCUCUUUAAAAUAAUUUUCUUAAUCAUUUCAAAAGUAUUCAUAGCUUGCUAUUUGGGACAGUGCGGUAGGGGACGUGCUUAAUCCCAGUGUUUUAUUAAUAUGUCUGUUUCUGUUACUAUUGUAGUACUUUCUUAUAAUCGCAAACUCUUAACCUUUCUCACCAAGGGGUAUAAUGGGCGUAAUGUAUUAAAAACAUUUCUGGGGUAAAGUGAUGAAUGUUGAGCUAUCACCAUGGAAACAAAUAGAAUGUUCCCAUAUAUAGUUCUGCUUUUAGAACAUUGCCCCAGUUUUCUUUAGUGACAAAUUAUCCAUAUUUUCCAAUAAAGCUGUGUUUGUUUUGACAUUGCAGGUGGAGAAGGUAGAUUUUCUGUUGACCAGAACACUGGUUGGAUACAAACCACUGGAGGGACUCUGGUGGAAGACCACGAGUAUACACUUACUGUGCAGGCUGCUGAUAAAUUUGGAAUGAGGAGUACCCCAAUCACAGUGUCUGUGUUCACAGGUCCCAGACCUCCCCAGUUUAAACAAGCUUCAUACAUUGUACAUGUGCCAGAAACGACCCCACCUGGGCUCACGUAAGUCCUCGCUGCAUUACUUAUUUUGGAUCUUGUCGGCUGGUGUAGCAUUUGUGUGUUGUAGACUAGAAUUACCUUCUUCUUUUUUUUUUUUUUUUCUUCAAGCUGGUUUAAAUCCAUUAUGUUUCUCUUUAAUAAUAUUGUUUUUUUCUUUACUUAAUGUUUUUCAAACCAGUCUUCUAGGUAAUAUCAUAAGUUUUAAGAACCGCUGAUCUAACCUGGAUCAUUAAUUCUCUCUAAGAAACAUAUGAAAUGUACAGCCUGUUGGAAAUAAGAUAAGAUAGAAAUGUUAUUCUACGUUCUGCUAAUCUAUCUAUUUCCCAGUUUGUUCAUGUGACAAAGACCAAAACACAGGUAAAUUCCAUGAACAGGCUGUCUCUGUUUUGUUUUUACUCUCUCUAAAAGAAAUAACCAUUUAGUUUAUGAGAAAAUAUUUUUUCAACGAGGAUGGGACUAUUAACUGCCAGUGAUGGGAUGCAAAGUUUAGGAUGUUUGUCUGUAUCUCAGGACAAUCCGAGAGGAAUUUACAUGCCAGGUACCUGUAGGCUGGAUUCUGAAUUGUUCUCUUUUGCUUGCUUGUUGAUUGGAGGAUACAAGUAUCAGGCCUGGAAGUAUAUGUCUCACUCUGUCCUGCAAAUAAUAACAACAAAUUAAUAAAAAUAAAAAACCUUACCCAAUGACAUCUUAGUAAAAAAAUAGAAGAUCCACAUUUGUAGUCAAGGUAGGUUCCUUCUAACAGAGAGGUGUCUAUAAACAGCUGCCUAUUGAGUUCUGAAUAACCUUUUCUCCAUGGUCUAGGUUGGUGACUGUAUCUGCUCUGUCACAUCAAAACAAGACCUUGACGUACAGUUUGUCUGCAAAUCCCCACGGUUUAUUCCAUAUUGAUCCGGUCACUGGGGAGGUGGCACUAACCCAAACUGUGGAUUUUGAGAGUGAUCUGCACCGGUUCGUCUUGGUUGUUGCGGCUACAGAAACCUUGGAGCAGCUGGAGAGUAUUACAGAGGUGAGCACAGAGUACAUGUACAUAAAUGGGGAUAUGUUCUCCACCUCUUUUUCAGGACCCAUAUUGGUAAGGCCCUAGGCAACUACCCAUAAUAACUGAUGUACUAUAUCAACCUCGUCUUCCUCGUUGCAAAUUAGAUCUGAUGUUGGAAAGACAUCCAUUCUGCAGAAGUUUUGUUUUUCUAUAUAUUUAAAUGGAUCACCAAACCUACUUCUAGGCAUAAAGUAUAUGUCACCAAGAUAAUGCCAUGUGUGCAAUUCAAGUCUCUGUCGGACAAGGUCAAGAUCCAUUGUUCUAGACACAAAAUGCCCCCUCUAGAAGUGUUGUCAUUUUAUCAGAAUUGUUGUGUAUGGGGGCAAGGUUUGAAAAAUUCACCUAAUGUGUGAGAAUAUUGAGCAGUAUGUUAAUGAAAAAGAUGAUAUAAAAAUAUAUAUUCUAUAUAUAAUGCCUUUUAAAGCAUUCAUUAUUAUAAUAGUCCAGACACGACGUCUGUCAUGGAGCCAAACUUUACUGGCUGAGCAUCAUGGGAAAUGUAGGAAACCACUAAACAUUUGGGUUGCCUGUCGUCUGAGCAUGGUUGGAAAUGUAGUUGCUGUGACAGAGCAGGAGAACCACUUGUAGUCCCUGCCACUGCAUUAUCACCGUAGAGAGCUAUGCAGUUGGCACUGAGCACGAUGCAGAGAAUUGAUUGAUUUUUUUUCUCUGUACAUUAACUAGAAAUUGUUUUUGUACAAUGCAUAGAUGGAUUUUUAAAGCAAACAUUGGGGUUCCCAUGACGCACAUUGUAUUUGCAGGUACUUAGUUCGUUGUGGUUUUUCGUGUCUUUUUUUGUGAGAUUUCGUUCAUAUUUUGCAGGUGGUGGUUGAAAUCACAGAUGUCAAUGACUGCACCCCAGAGUUCCAACAGACAAUCUACAGCAAAGAUAAUGUUCCGGAGACUGUACCUGUGUCAGCCUCUCUUUUACAAGGUACUUGUCUACAAAUAUUAUGACCCUCCGCAAAGCUUUCCAUCCACAUUUUUGGUUUUAUUAGUCAUUGCUGGGAUAGUCCAUUCACACUGGCCAUAUUUGUUGAAAAGUUACACAACACUUAUUUACUUGAAUUUUUCCAUUCGCUUCCGUGAAGUUGGAUUAGCAUCAAUGUUGCUUUACGCUCCGGGUUGUUAUGGCAACAUUCCCUGCGUGAUGCAGAAGUGUGCUACUGACAUCUUCAACUGCUUGAGAGUGCAUUGGAAACUCCUGGAAAUACAUUUUUGGACCAAAAUGCAUCAUGAAAGCAGCAGUGUGUCACUAGGGUUGGGUCACCCAGUACAGUGACUCAUGGUGUCACCCCUCCCCAUGGACCUCCUUCUGUACCAGACCAUAUGAGAUCCAGGGUGGUCCAGUUGUGAUCUCUUCUCGUCUGCACCUUCACUGGGAGCAUACUUUUUAUAUUCUUGUUGUGAGGACCUGCUCUCUGAUAGUAUCAGAGCAUUAUUGCGUGCUUCCAUAGCAAAGCUCCAAUAAUAUCAGUAACAGUACCAGAACUCACAAGAGGGAUAUGCAAGGUCUGCAUCUGAAGAAGUUGAAGACCAGUAGGUCUCUUGGCUCCCAUGAAGUGCAUGCACUAAGUAGGUGAUCCCUUCACUGGCCCAUGAAAAGACAGAAUGCCCUUUGCAUGGGCAACCAGUUGAGGCACCUUAAGGUCGCCACAUGUGCUUCCUUAAGGUAGUACCCACCCUGCUGGGGUUACCCCAUUUGGUGUCACCCAGUGUUGUCCACACCACCUAAUAAGGACCAGUAAUAAGUCUGAAAUGCCUUUUUGAAAAACUUACAUAUAUUUUCUUAUAGCAGUUAUAAAACACAGUAAAUACUUUAUAUACCUGUACGCCGAAAUGGGACUUUAGAUUUGUGAAAUUACCAAUACAAAGAUAUUGCCAUGUAUGCAAUACAAGCAGCAAUGCAGAUUUUAAUAUUUGCUGUCCAUCUUAGAUAAAAGACAAUACUCUUACUGGUGUAUUGUACUGCUGCUACAAUUUAACAUGCAGAUAUACAUUCUGCUGGGCUCCCUAUCACAUGAUUGUGAGAAUGUAGACAAUUAGCUGUAUGGGAGGUAUCCGUGUCUGACUAAAUUAAAUGUAUGGUGUGGGGGCAUCUCUAUACACGUGGCCUCCCACUCCCCAAGAUAUGGCCUGAACGUUUGCCAAAAACCUCAGUAAAUACCCCGGGAACAUGUUCAACACCUGUAGAAGCUUCCUUUCUGUCCUUGGAAACAUUCUACUGGCCAUUCAAGAUAUUAUUAUCUAACAGGUACUACUGUCCUUAUCAUGUUUAAUUUCUAUGGGAAAAAUAUGGACUGGGAAUUUGAACAGUACAGUACUAAAAACUCAGUAUUUAAUAAUAAGAAUGCAAUUUCUUAAGACUGGUGUAGCAGCAUUUAGCUAAUAAGGAAAACCAUAAUCAAAAUAUUUUGGACAAAGUGGCACUUUCACUUUAAAUUUCAAAAAUUGCCCGUCUCUCUAUCCUAUUCGUAAAUCACAGGGUUGGAAAUGUCCAGUAGGCACAAGAAUGCAUGGGGACACAAUUAUAGCUGUGAGCUGCAAAAAAAAAAUGUAAAAUUAUCUUAAAAUAAUAUAUGUCUGCCUUCAGCUGCCAGCUGUAUUUAUCCGUAAUGGUAUGGUAUGGCUGUGCAUGCUUAAUUAUCCUUCUGUUUGCAUUGUGUCAUUCUGUGUGCUUUCUACCCAGUGAUGGCCACUGACUGUGAUUCUGGUUUGAACGGAGUGGUUUCCUAUUACACUCUGAGCCCUGACUUCAGCAUCUCCGAACAGGGUACCAUUAGCCCAGCAAGGGAGUUAGAUUACGAGAGGCCCAACCAUCUGUAUGAAUUUGUAAUCCUGGCAAUAGACCAAGGAGAGGAACCAAAGACUGGGACAGCUACAGUGCGGAUACGAAUCGCCAAUGUGAAUGACAAAGCUCCGGAAUUCUCUCAAACAAUGUAUGUAUUCCGAAAUUGUAUGUCUCCAACAAAAAAAUGAAAAACAAGACUGUCUCUCUGGCUUCGGGAUUACAAAGUCGGUUAUUAUUACUCAUAAAUAUACAGGUAGUAAGCUCUUACUUGGGGGUACAGGUCACAAACUUUGCAGAUAGUGAAGGCGCCGUUUCUUGUUGAUGUCAUUGCCACGAUUGGUGAGUUACGGGGUUCAGGACAGAAUAGCUGAAAAUAGAGAGCACUUUUUUUGACUUGAUGCCAUAUCGCCUGGGGGAACUUUACAUUUUAGUCUAAAACCAAUGGAAUUGAAAAAUAGCUUAGGGUAAUUAAGAUUUAGCUCUUCAGUUAAAACUGAAAUUACACAAAAUUCCUCAACUAUUCCCCAUUUAUAGAAUAACCUUGUUUGUGUUUCUAUGGGGGAAGGAGAGGGGACGGUUAUGUUUUUGUAGGGGUGUUAAAUUGAUGUAAAUUGAAUUUGGCAACUCAGUGAAAGCAGUAUAGGGAACAGCCGCCACACACACACACACACACAAAAUUAGGAGUCUUACAUUUAAGUUGAGAUCCAUAUUUUUCCUAAGUACUAUGUAUAACGUGUGUUGCUUGAUAAAUAUGGUAACAAAAUAAAGUCACUCUCCCUUUAAAUCCAAGCGAUCUCUACAGCCUUCCCUUCCAGUGAAUAGGUCAUUACUUCACCCUGUAUUCUGAUAUCACAUUCUACCCUGGGUAUGAAAAGCUGUAUAUUUUGUCGUAUUUAUUGCAUUUAGUCUACGCUGGAUGUGAUCCACUGAAUUUAUUGUCAUAGUUAUCUCACUACUGCUCGAAAGCCAGUUUAAUAAGGCUGAGAUUGGCUUUUAUAGAGCUGCGUCGCAGGGCCCGGAGCUUUUUUUUUUUUCCUUCCUCUUUUUCCUCUCCAUUAACGUGCUAGUCUCAGUGUAUUGCUGAAAGGUACCUUUCCAUUCUUCCUUGUCAACACAAACUUGCACAUUCUGUGAGAGAUCUCACGUUGCCCUACUUUCUACCUCCCCCCCUUUUAAAAAAAAUCCUUCUGUGUCUUUUGAGACCAUUCCACGAAGUGUUCAGAACUCCCGUCUCUCUCUCUCUCCUCCUUCAUUUUGUGGCUUUAAAACUGUCAAAGCUAAAAUCAAUUUGCUCGUUAGACUCUAGGCUAAGACAGGGCCUCGGGGCUAUAAUUUGUUGCUGAGUGGCUGAGCUAAAUCACAGAGCUCUCGUCCCCCCCACCCCACCCCAUCCCCAAGCCUGGUGUAUUAAACUAGAGUUUCAAAAAUAAUCCUCUCUCCAUUCUCUUUGUAUUUGCAAUUCUACAAUUUACAUGACAUUUAUUAAUUUUUCUUUUUGUCAUAUGUAUUUUUUUGGGGGGGUUGCUUUUAUUUUUUCCUGUUAUAUAUUUUAUAAGUAUUAUCGUGGUUGCAUACAUUCUAUUUCUUUUUUUUUUCUCAUUCUCUCUCUCUUUUUCCGCCAAGCCAAUAUCAAUAAGGACAUUUGUUUCUGCUAUUCUUUGGGGGAUGUAUUAUAAAUUGUUAAGCCAUUACUGGGGAUAUCAUACAAACCUGAGCUUUAAUGGGAUGUGAUGCCUUUACCAUAGCCAUUGGGACCCACAGAAUAUUUCCUCCUGCACAAACAUAAUAUAUGUCAUAAAUGCAAUCAACGAGCUGUCAGAUCUUUUUCGGGAUAAAAGGUUUUUUUACUGGAAAAAAUUUCAACAUUUCCUCUACACUCUGCUGCAUUUAUCUCGUGCUUGACAAAGGCUACACAGUGUAACAGAAACAUUGACCUUUUUGUUCACUUAGCAUUCCCCCUCAUAAGUAAACUUGAUAGUGCUAUUUAUUAAUUGCUUUUCUGAUAUCUCUCCCACAGGCACCCACGCAUAGUAUCUUUUUUUUUUUUUUUUAUACACACGUAUGACUUAAAGAGAUAUCUCAGUGUAAGGGGUAUGGUGUCAUUUUUUUUUCUGUAUUUUUAUACGUCUGAUGAAAGGGAAGUCUGUGUGUGUUCACGAGAGCCCCAGUUUUUGUGACACUGCUCCCAAACCGUUUUAUAAAAAAUGGAGUUAUAAUAUUCUCCGUUUUUGUUGCAAUGCAUUAACUUGGCUCUCCCAAGUUAAAAGGGUAAUCCAGAGGUGGAUCCCGUGCUCACUGUGCCUAGAGGGGUAUCAGCUGGUGUCACUGAUGAGACCCAAAGAAGGCUGGAACUGGGGUAGCUGUAUCUCUCGUGCAGAGAGAACUUGCCAACAUUUCGGUUGUGGACUGCCCAUACUGGUGUGACCAGUCUGAUAUACUUCGCAAUAUGUUCUCUCUGUAAUGAGCAAAAACUAUUUUGAGACCUGAGCGUGGAUUUACCAAAGGGCAAGCUACUGAGUUCAUAGAAUGUGAUUGCAGUUUAGAACCAUUUGGCCCAUCUAGUCUGCCCAAUUUUCUAAAUACUUUUGAGUCCCUGGCCUUAUCUUAUAGUUAGGAUAGCCUUAUGCCUAUCCUACGAAUGCUUAAACACCUUUACUGUGUUAACCUCUACCACUUCAGCUGGAAGGCAAUUCCAUGCAUCCACUACCCUCUCAGUAAAGUAAUACUUCCUGAUAUUAUUUUUAAACCUUUGUCCCUCUAAUUUAAGACUAUGUCCUCUUGUUGUGGUAGUUGUUCUUCUUUUAAUAUAUAAUCUCCUCCUUUACAGUUCCUCAAACCUUUUUUCAAUUCUCAGAGUUCUCAUAUUUUUAGUUUUUUUGGCGCCCAUAGAGUUUUUGGUGCUUAGAGUGGGUUCUUUUAUAUAAAAAAACAUAAAAAGUAAGUGCUUAAGUUCUAUACCAAGAUCUUAAAGUAUUUUACUAUUACAUAAAGGACUAUACUAUAUAUACACUAUAUUUAACCCUGUAACUUUCCAAGACAAACCUGUACAUGGGGGGUACUGUUUUACUCAGAAGACUUCGCUGAACAUAAAUAUUAGUGUUUCAAAACAGUAACAUGUAUUACAACGACGAUAUUGUCAGUGAAAGUGACAUUUUUGCAUUUUUCACACCCAAAUAGCACUUACACAGACGAUAUAAUUGUUGUGAUAUGUUUAACUGUUUUGAAACACUAAUAUUUGUGUUCAGCGAAAUCUCCCGAGUACAGGUUUUAGGGUGUUUUCAAAAGGUACAGAGUCAAAUAUAAGGCUUGUGUUUCAGAUUUUUCACAUUGAAAUUUGCCAGAUUGGUUACGUUGCCUUUGAGACCGUACGGUAGCCCAGGAAUGAGAAUUACCCCCAUAAUGGCAUACCAUUUGCAAAAGUAGACAACCCAAGGUAUUGCAAAUGGGGUAUGUCCAGUCUUUUUUAGUAGCCACUUAAUCACAAACACUGGCCAAAAUUGGCAUUCAAAUUAGUUUUUUGCAUUUUUUACACACAAACAAAUAUUAACACUAACUUUGGCCAGUGUUUGUGACCAACUGGCUACUAAAAAAGAUUGGGCAUACCCCAUUUGCAAUACCUUGAGUUGUCUACUUUUGCAAAUGGUAUGCCAUCAUGGGGUUAUUCUCAUUCCUGGGCUACCAUACAGUCUUAAAGGCAACGUAACCAAUCUAUAUUUGACCUUGUAACUUCCCAAAAUACCAUAAAACCUGUACAUAGGGGGUACUAUUUUACACGUGAGACAUCGCUGAAUACAAAUAUGUGUACUUUAUUGCAGUAAAAGCAAACCGUAUUAUGGCAUUCACAGUUAGAAUGUCACGUAGAACUAAACAUUUUUUUAAAUCUUAUUUUCUCCCAUUUUUAACAUUUUAUUCAUAUUAAAUUAUGUUUUAUACAAAUAUAAAUAUUUGAUGUUAAAUGAAAGCCCUGUUUCCCCUGAAUAAAAUGAUAAAUAAUAAGUGUGGGUGCACAUAAUAUGAAACAGCCAAAUUACGCCUGAACAGACAUAUAGCGCAAAUUCAAGUUUUUGUUUCGUUUUGUUUUGAUCACAACUUGUACAUUUGGCUCUGUCCUUAACCCCUUAAGGACCAAACUUCUGGAAUAAAAUGGAAUCAUGACAUGUCAUGUUUCCUUAAGGGGUUAGCAAACUUUCUUUGUGACGUUUACUUUUUUCCCUUAUUGAAUAAGUUUAACUUUUUGCACAAAUCCUGCGUGUCCCUAGGUGGGCUUUUUUUUUUUUUUUUACAUUAUUCUAGUUAUCCAAGUCCGACGGAGUUCGAAUAGAUACAACAAUCAUAGGAGCAUCUAGCCAAAUGCUUGGAACUGGUUAAUCUUUGGUCCAGGCAAUCCUCACCUGAUAUGGUUGCACUCAUUCAUACUAUAAGCUCUACGAUGAAUUCUUAAGGUAACUCGUGAAUAGGUGUAUGUUGUGGUUUUAUUUACAGAUAUAGAACGUUUGUAUCGGAAGAUGCCGGACCCAACACUUUGGUUGCAACUGUACAUGCCUUCGAUCCAGACGGGGAUCAGGUGAUAUAUGACAUUCUGGAUGGAAACCGGGAAGGGAAUUUUAAUAUAGAUCCUCAAAAAGGUAAUGCAUGCAAGAGAUGUUGAAUGGAGAUGUUUUCUAUGUUCCAAGUUAUAUGUUGACGUUUCAUAUUAGAUGUGACAUUUAAUGUAUCUCCUGCUCAUAUUUUAUUCGUUUCUUUAUAAAUCACCAAUGUAUUCCACAGCGCUGUAGCAACCAAAACAAAUAGCUCACAGUUGACAUUAUAGAAUAAAUGGUGAUUAGAGAACGUGUCCGUAAUCUGAAUAAUGCUUGUUACUAUGAUGCAAUGGGGUAUGCCUUUGUCUUCACAAUUACUGUAGCUAUGAGAUCUCCAAUUUUUAGACUGACAGAGCUAAGUCCAUGAGGUGUAAGAAUUCGUAUCUUCCUAAAUGUCUAGUAAGAAGCUACGUGUGAAUAAUUCACUAAAAUAAAACCACUAAAACAUUCACAACGGUGAAAAAUAGUUUUAGGUGCAAGGUGCAGAUAAUGGCAUUGAAUCAUUAUUAUGGAUAUUUUAUUCCUUGCAAUAAUCUUUAUAACCUUUCCAUUGUUACCUAAACCAGGGAUAGACCACCCUCCAUACUCCAAAUGCUGUGGACUACAUGUCCCCUGACGCUUUGCCCGGAUUAUGGAUGGGAGAGUAUCAUGGAAGAUGUAGUCCAAAAGGUUGCCUACCCCUGAACUAAACUAAUAUUGUUUAAAUUGAUAAAGAUGUAAGUGUGGGGCAGGGCAGGUUUGAUAUAAAUAACCUUCUGUUUUAUAAUUACAAACACAGCUAUAAUUCAUUCAGGUCCUUUUAUAGACAAGAUUGUUUCCCUCUCUUUAAGGCACCAAUAAUGACCCCAUAUGAAGCUUGUUCUUCAUUGUGGCAAUACUAAGAAAGACUAUAUUUUUCAUCAGUCAUUUGUAUACUAUAAAUUGGGCGAAAUAAAUUCUCACCUUAAAUUUAUGGAUCAAUGUUUAUUUUUUUAUUUAUUUUUUCUUUACGUGUAUAUUUUCAGGUCGAUCUCUCAAAGAAAAAAAAAUAGCAUUAAAUAAUUAGCAUUAACAUAAUUUUGCCGCUCUCAAGUGACUUUUUUGUUUUUACAAACAUUGACUGCAUCCUCCGCAAUAGGCAUUUCCAAAAUAAAUUCUUGUUUCAACACCAUGCUGGGUGGUUGCUAGUUUCUUUUCCUUGUUAAAGUUGGGUUCUACAUGCCAUAACCAGAAUAGCUAAUUGUAGUGGUUAUGGUCAGUGGUAGGAUUUAGCCGAUCCGUGUGAACCUGUUUGUAAAAUGUAAGAAGUUUGCCUAACUGGUUAUUCACUCGGCUGUGGAGCGACUCACUACUGGUUAUGGUGCAAGGAGCCCUUCAGCACCAUCACCCCAGAUUUGGUUCCGUGGAGUUAUGGGAGCAAGGUUAAAGAUUAGUCAGGAAGUUACCUGUCAGCCAACUCUGCUCUAAAUUAGUGAUCUGACUGCUAUUCUCUUGCUUACAUAGGAAUAAUCCGACUUAGUUCAAGCCUGCGUCCCAAGCUUCAUGGUGCAGAGUAUGUGUUGCAUGUAACCGCUACUGAUGACAAUGCCUCUGGUGGACCACACAGCCUCACUGGCACGACCACGGUUAUUGUGCGAGUGGAUGACAUCAACCACAACAAGCCUGUUUUUCAUAAGGUGAAAGACUUUAUUGUAUUGUGAAAGAGGUACCCUUUAAAAGAACAUGCCAAUGGAAUUUGUUUAACAAUGUAAUAGCUAUAUCUCCAAUGAACACAUGCAUUCAUUUAAUCAUGCAUUUUUUCAUUGGUUGUAGAUCUAAAAGCAGCUUGCAAAACUUGUAGCUCUCUUGUCUGCAGCCUUUGCAAGCCCUCCCCUUCUAACCCCGCCCAGACUUUCUGUGGCUGUCCAAUCACAGACUUCCCAAUGCAGCUCAGUGAGAAGUCUUUGCAAGGCAGGUGCUCUGGGCAAUUGCUUCCUAUUGCGUUUAGCUCCGCUGAGCUAACCAAACCAGGAAGUAACAAGACCUGUUGUCUGAUUGAUUGUUGGGAGGGAGGGAGGGGGUAGGGGUGUAACAAAGCUCAUUUAUGAAAGUGACAAUUUCUGUAGAAACGUUCUAAGCGUUUGGCUCUCAUUUUCCAGAAUAAUCACAAUGCCUUUACAAUUAAAUUUUAUCUGUAGCUGAGUAAAAUUGCAAACCUGAACUUUUCUUUUAUUUGUCUGUUUCUUAUUUUUUUUUUACUGACUUUUUAUAUAUUUUUUGAAACAUUGGUUUUCUGUGGAUCUUGGAACUCUGGACGAAAAUAAUUUCAUAGUAAUUUGCACAUUUAUAAUAUACUUUUGUAGUGUGCUCACUAUCGGCAUCAUACUUCUGUUCUGGAGAACCAACCACCCGGGACAGUGGUGCUGCAGGUCGAGGCAACGGAUGCUGAUCACGGAGUCAACGGGCAAGUGAAGUAUGGGAUUGUCCAUCGAGAAGGCUCGCUUCCUGCUUUCAGCAUUCAUCCAGAUACAGGUGAUCCAGAAACUGUUUCAAUACCCUCCCACCCAAAACAUCAGUAACCAGUUUAUCUACAAGAAUAUAUUUUUCACGUCAAUGUAGCCCAAACAUUUUGGCAUUUGUAUUAAAACAGAUACAUUUGGGGAUCAUGUACAAAAAGUUAUUUUUGAAGAACGUUCUUAAACUAAACUAGCGCCAAUAUAUUCUACUGCUCUUUGAAAUGAUAAAAUAGGGAUAUUUGAGAACAAGUAAUUUACAUAUGGGAUAUAAUAGAGAGAAGAUUUGAAGAAAGUCCUGCUCAAGCAAGCUUACACAGGGUAAAGACGCACAGAGGAAUAGCAUCAUGUCGGAGAGGGGAGGUGGAUAAGAUACCUGUGUUGAAAUAAGCCAUAAGUGUGUGGAAGAACCGAACAGUGGUAGGCGAGAGAGUGAGCUGGUCUAUGGAGACGAAGGAACCGAUGAGAAAAACGUCUUUCUUGUGUCGAGGGUCUUUUGUAUUCUUUGCCUUCAGUUGUUUUAAUGCACCUAACACUAUUUGAAAACAAAAAUUACGAUAAUGAAAUUGGUUGAUUGAACAUGACAUAAUUCUGAUUUUCCUGUUUGUUAUCCUCUUGCAGGCGUUCUUACCACCCUUCAGAGAUUUGAUCGAGAGAAGCAGAAGGAAUUCCCUGUGACCAUCAAGGCAACAGACCAAGCAGCGGAACCCCUCAUUGGACUCUGCCAAAUCAGCAUACAGAUCCUGGAUGAAAAUGACAAUGAUCCCAGCUUCGAGAACAACCACUAUGAAUGUAAGUGAUCAUCUUCUCAGGAACGAGUCUACCAACACAGAUUCCCUUCUCAAUGCUAUGGGGAAGAUUAAGGGGAAAAAAAAAACGACCUUGGAUAAAUAUGUUGCAACAAAACAGAAUACCAAAAAUCUUUCAUUGGAAAAUAGUUACGGAGAUCUUGCAGUUAAGUUCUAACUUGUACAAGUAUGCAAUGUGCCUAAUUUUUGUUUUAUUAUAGUCAUUUUAUCAUAGCAUACUCUGUUUGAUACAGUUGAGUUUGUGAAAUGGCAAAUAAGUGUGUAAAAACGUUUUCAUUUCAUUUGACAACCUAUUCAACCCACCAGCAUGCUCUGUAUAUGCAAAUAUGCCUAGUGUCAUAUUUUUUAAUAUUUAAUAUUUAUUUUAAUAAAUGCUUCAUGUUCCUGACAGUUGCUGUUAGUUGUUAAGCUAGGACAAAUAUCCAGUCAAGGGGCACAACCAAUAAUAGGCGGGGGGGGGGAAUAUUAUUGGAUAGGUACAAUAAAGAUAAAUAUGUCACGAUGCAUAUCACAACAGAUCAAAUAAAUAAUAUUUUUCUGUGAUGGGUUGUUGAGAAUUGAUAUAUCUAUUAAUUAGUGAUUACAUUGAUAUUUAAGUAUUUGUUUACUAUAUAUCCUGUUUGGAUAUUAUCAUGGAAUUUCUGAUAAUAUUCUUUAUAUUAUCAAUAUGUGAAUCAUGCUUGGAUCUGUGAUAUACUUCUCUUUCUUGUACCUAUCCAAUAAUAUUUUUUUCCCCUAUAUUAUUGGUUGUGCCCCUUGACUGGAUGUUUGUGUCUUCUCAUUUGGUCCUCUGGGAAUAGGACCUUAUUCAAGUGGGCACCCAGACUUAAAAUAAUUUGUGUCGUUAUUUUCUUAUCAAAUUUUGACUGUGUGUGCCUACCUACUUCUAAUUGUAACUAUAGUUGUUAAGAUAGGAACACAUUGACAUCAACAUUUGUUAGAAUGUCUGUCCAAAAUGUGUAUACCUUUGUGGGUAAUUGAUGCUUACUACAGAGGAACCAGAGAUACAUGUAAAGGAGAUAUGCUUGGAGUUGUGGGAGGGGGUUUGUCAUGCCUAUGUCUACCAUCCUCCCAGCAACCUUUCUGAUAUUCUACUGAUGAUUGCGUGUGUAUGGCUAAGAGCAGAGGCGAUGAUUGAAACCUGGUUGCUAGAUUAUACUGUAUACAUUUUGUGUGCAGUAAUCUUUUUUUUCUGAAGUCAAAUAUAAAAAGAUCUUAAUAUUUAGCUCGGAAUGCUGGUACGCAGGAGCUAUCAUUGUUUACUCCUCAGGAUAAACCAUUUAUGUUGGGGCUAUGAAAAACGAAUAAUGGGAUUUUUGUGGAGAAUGCGUUUUAAAUGUUUUUUUUUAAAAAAUUCACACCACCAAAAAAAAGACACAUUUUCACUUGGCAUUCGAGUAUUUCAUGUACAGUUUUAAACGUUGAUUUUUAAAUUCCAAAUCAGUACGGUACAACUUAAACCCUUAAUGACCCAACUUCUGGAAUAAAAGGGAAUCAUGACGGAAUACAGUUGCAAGAAAAAGUAUGUGAACCCUUUGGAAUGAUAUGGAUUUCUGCACAAAUUGGUCAUAAAAUGUGAUCUGAUCAUCAUCUAAGUCACAACAAUAGACAAUCACAGUCUGCUUAAACUAAUAACACACAAAGAAUGAAAUGUUGCCAUGUUUUUAUUGAACAUUCACAGUGCAGGUGGAAAAAGUAUGUGAACCCUUGGAUUUAAUAACUGGUUGAACCUCCUUUAGCAGCAAUAACUUCAACCAAACGUUUCCUGUAGUUGCAGAUCAGACGUGCACAACGGUCAGGAGUAAUUCUUGACCAUUCCUCUUUACAGAACUGUUUCAGUUCAGCAAUAUUCUUUGGAUGGCUGGUGUGAAUCGCUUUCUUUGUGCAGAAAUCCAUAUCAUUCCAAAGGGUUCACAUACUUUUUCUUGCAACUGUAUUUCCGCCAUGUGUCCUUGAGGGGUUAAAAGCAAAAUCCAGAGAUUGAUUGGUUUGUUUUUUCUUUCGAAAACGUAUCUUAUCUGUGCCUUAGAUUUCCUGAGAGAAGAUACCACCGUGGGAACAAGUUUUCUUCGUGUUGCUGCUCGAGAUGAUGAUUACGGUGUAAACGGACUCAUCACGUACACAGUGGCUGAAGAGGAACUAAGCACCUUCCAAAUUAACAGUACUACAGGGUGGCUUUACGUCAUCCGGCAAAUACCUCGGGUAAUAUACGUGUUCUCUCUCUGCGUUUACCACUUUAACCACUUAAAUAAAUGUGAAAACGGACAGCUUUCUUGGAAAUAUUUCUAGGUCACCAGGAACUGAGAUUUAAAGGGACUCACCAGACUGUCGUUCACUCCUGUUUUGUUUUCCAAAUGCAUAAUGUAUGCAAUGCCUAAAAAAAAAAACCUGAAAAAACAACUUAUAUUAACAAAUAAAAAAUUUGUAAAAAAAUUAUAUUAAAAUCAGUCGUACAGUAAGAGUUUUAUGCACAUUAAUACCCUAAAAACUUUAAAAAAAAAUUAUGGGACUUCUCGACACGUAGAUUAUAUUAAUUUUCAUAAAUACAUUUUAUGAAAUCUAAUUUUGCGCACGGCCAUAUCAUUUAUUUUGUGUAAUAAUAAAUAUGUAAUUUGUACACUAACCAUACACAAUUCUUCAGUCUUGGAAAAAGCUUUUAUUUAACUCGCGAGUUCAGAUGCUGCAUAGAUACAUUUUUACAUUGAAAUCACAGCUGGUGGCUUUGUAAGUGAGGGACAUUAUGGUGCUUUUUGGAUAGGUUGAAGGCAGUGUCAAGCUGUCAUGUUCACUGUCCCUGAAAUCAAAAGUCUCUGCGGCCAGACAGGGACAUCUGGACACAGAUUCCAAGGCAUGUGGAAGUCCCUUAGGAAACUGCUAAAUUGUGACACUCCAUUGCCGGAUAGCCAGCUGAAUUUCCUACUGGCUUCUGCUGAGCGCCUCGGGCAGCUGUGUAAUGGGAAGUUUGUUGGGUGAUAGACUGGAAAUCCAUCGGGACAAGUGCAGUACAAGCUAUUAACACCAUGAGCGCCAGAGGGGUGUACAAAACAGUCUUGUUCAGCCUUCCGGCAUUCAAAAAAAAAUUUUUUUUUAAAUUAGUGGUUGGAAACUUAUUUUGUUGUAUCAUAGGGUGAAUUGUGAAUCUGUCGGUCAAACAUCUAUCUCUCUCUCUCUCUUUUUCAUUCUUCUUCUCUCCCUACUUCUCCCCACCCCCUCCGUCUGCAGUAAUUUUAAAAACAAACAAACAUAUUUUUGCUGCAAAGCCCAUUAAACUCAGUCCUGCUGAGGUUGAUUAAAAAUGUUGAUCACAAACAGCCAAAGGUUUUAUAUCCUGGUUUUUACAGUUACUAUAUGCGCUCUGAAUGACCAUCUCUGGAUGUGUGAUACAUUAUCAGCACAAUCCGCAGAUAAAACUGAAUGUCUGCCGAAUGUGUUACUUUGUGGCUAAAUAAAAAGUUUGCUUUUUAAAGAUCCCCUUUCCUAAAUUUCGAUGAUGAGACCUACAAAGCAAUAAAGUAUUGUUUAUGUCACUUAAAUUAACCAUGAACGCAAACUCUCAGUACCCUUCAGAAAUGGCUAUAGUAUUCAUCAGCGCAAAUAAUCAAAACAAAAGCAAAAAUGUUAUCUGUGUACUAUCCCAAAUCCAUAUGUCCUGUUAAUUAAAUGAAAUAACUAUGGUGUUGCAUUUUGGUUUUCUUCCUUUUCCUAUUAAUCAACAUUUUUGAACCAGAAAAGUCCCUUCCCCUAGAACACAUUUGCGUCCUCAGUUGCCUGAUUGAGGAAGAGGUUUCAGCCUAUUUGUGAGGAAGGUACUGGCAUGAUUCAAAUAAAGAGAUCAACAGAACACCAAGAUUUCUGACCUUGUUAGAAUAGAAGCCACAGGAGAGGCUGUUCUGUCCUCACCAGCAUCUUAUAACGCUAACAGCCAAUCAAAAUGAAGCCAGAGAAGAGGACCAGAAUAGGGAUGUUGUUGAGUUUUUGAAAAAAGUUUGUAAUUUGCAGGACUACAUUUUUUAUUUCUACAAAGACCAGUGUAUGGGAUCAAUCAUUAUGUCUGUUGUGAUCAUAUCUAAGAGUGUAAAUUGAGAGCACAGUGUAUGUGAAAGGGUUAAUACGGGGGUCUCUAAACGGGUGACCAGCCUGGGUCCCUAUGGAGUCUUAAUCUGACUCUGAGAAGAAUAACAAGCGGGCCUUGUUCGUCUUUCCCAUUAUAGGUUCCCAACAGAUAAAUCCAAUUGUGUAUAAUUCUAUAAGUGUGCCACUUUGCAGGAAGGUAGAACUUCAUUCAUUUACACCUGUAAUGUACAUCAAUUGAUGUAAUCUCCUUCCAGCAGAAGUCUGUUAUAACUCAAGAGGUCAUUGCAACUGAUGGUGGUAACAGGAGCACACGCGUUGAAGUAAUUGUUCGAGUUACGGAUGCCCAAAACCAGCCUCCAGUAUGGGAGAAGGACCGAUACGAGCUAGUGGUUCCAGAGAAUACUCUAAGAGACACGUCUGUUGUGGUAAGAUGUGGCUCCUAAGCAUUGUUGCAAAAAAAUGUCUCACUGCACCAUAAUCUAGGUUUAUAACAUCUCAGAUACAUUCCUUUCAUUAAGCUACAGAUUUCCAACAUUCUAUUGGGUUUAAAUGUUGUUUUUCACAUGUGGGUGUCAUGUCUGGUCACAGACCAGUAUGUUAACUAGAUGAAGUAAGGUCUAGAAAGCUUUCUGAAAACGGUGGUGUUAAGUGAAUAUAGGAGAGAAUAUUUUGAUGGCUAAUGUCUAGUUUAAUACUUCCUUUAUGGGUUUUCAGAAUAAAUGCUUUCUUAGAGAUGGCUUGAUUGCCACCUAUAAUUUGCUGUUCAUGGCCCAUACUCUGGUGCUUAGAACCUUCUGCAAUCACAUUACUUGGUGUUCAACCUAGAUGUUCACAAUUUCAGCAACAACCAUGUAGCAGACUCCAUUCCCUUGUGUUCGGUUGUGCGUACCCCCUUGUUCGUAUACCGAAUGGCUGGUGUAUGGUCCCCCUUGUUAUGCUCCAGCAAACACUGACCUCCCAUGGCUGUUAACCACAAAGGAAUGAUUUGACACAUUAGUUUGAGUGCCUUCCCUGGGUGGUCGCCAUUCCUAUAACCGAGCGCACAUGGCCAUUUAGUCUCCCAAACACAGGCAGCGGUACAUGGUCGAAUGGAACUAUUUUUGGCCACGCGAUACUGUGAACUCGGGCGGAGUUCUUACCACUGCCUGUUCAACUUCCCGACCAUCUAGAUGAAUAUGUUGUGCACUCAUAUCAGUGCUAUUUGGGGAUAUGAUUUUUGUGGGGUUCCUGUAUUCCUUUGGUGUAUUUUUGGUGUAUUAUAAAAUAUGUAUGUAAGUUUCUGUAUUUGAGAGAUAAUUGAGUUAUCCUAAUUUGAGCUCCAUUAUCUCUCAAACACAAAGGCUCUUGGGAAGAAACCCCUGUGUUCUUGAUAUGAAAACCCCAUGCUAAGGGCAAAUGCAUAAAAGCCGUGUGUGUCAGAAUAGACUUCAGUUGUACUCCCAGAAGUGUGUGUCGUCCAGUUACUGGGGAGGAGAUGGGCUAUUUACUAGGCAUUAUCUUGUUCCUUAUUUAUACUCUUGGUGAUCCAGUAGAGGAGAGUCCUAGUCAGGACUAUGGCUCCGCUACAACCCAUGAUUUGGAUAACAGUAAAUUGCUCUGAGACCUUUCCCUAACACUCACAGAGGGUGAAACUGUGACUGAAUGCAAGUCAGCCUUGUAUCCUUUUUCUUCAUGAGCUAUUCAGAUAUGGCUAUUGAAGGCCUAAUCUAUUAUAUGUUCUAUUAUCCUUUACUGAUUCACACAAGCAAGGAGAGUAGGUACCCGGAUACCGUUUAUAGAUUUAGAUGCUUAGUGUUCGCCACUGGAGAACCGAGGUUUGGAAGAUUGUUCACAGAAGGAAUAUUUGCCAUGAAUUCCAAAUUCCACCACCAAUCACAACUCGUGUCAAGAAGUAUUUCAGCAAUGGCAAGCCUUCUUCAUCCCUUCAUUUUCUUAUAAACUGUUUUGAUUAUGUCUGAAAACAUUUUCUCCCUUAACUUGCCAAAAUAUCAAAACCGGGGUGUGGUGAAGACAAAAAUCACUAGAAAUUAAGUCCUAAAAUUGGUAACAACCCUCUGAGGCCCUCUGAUUUUAUACACUUUUGAUAUGAAAUGCUUUUUGCUACCUUUAAGGAUCAAUUACUGGUGUGUCUCCUUAUAACAAUAAUUCAUAGGACUACUUAUUAUUCUUUUAGACCAUUAAAGCCUCUUCUCUACUGGGAGAUCCUCGUGUGACAUACACAUUAGAGGAAGGUUUGGUCCCAGAAAGUAACAUGCCUGUGCGUUUCUACCUGACUGUAAACCGUGAAGAAGGUUCGGCAUCUGUGCUUGUAGCAGAGCCCUUGGACUAUGAGACAACCAAGAACUUCAUCCUGAAGAUUCGCGCACAGAAUGUUUCUCCAGUACCUCUUGCUGCUUUCACUACAAUUCUUAUUAACAUUACAGGUAUCAACAUAGAAUAUUGAUACUAUAAAUAAAUGUUACAUAUGUUUUUAUGUAUGGGGUUGUUGAGUUGCUAUUUUUAACUUCCAGAUGUGAAUGACAAUGUACCAUUCUUCACUUCAUCUAUCUACGAAGCCACUGUUACUGAAGGAGCUGAAUUGGGAACACUCGUCCUUCAAGUGUCUGCAUCUGACCAAGACCUUGGUCUGAAUGGAGAGGUAUUCGACCCGAAUUCGAUGUUGUAAAGUGUUGUGAACUAGCAACUGUAUUAGUAUUAAUGUGUGAUUGCCCAGGAAGUAUUGACCGUUCGAAAGCUUUCUCUUUUUAUUCUUAAUGAGGAUAGAAUAACUUUUUCCAAAGAAUUAAUUCAAAUUUCUUCUACGAUACAUCCUGGAUUCUGCUAACUGUUGCUCAACUGUCUUUUUUCCAGAUCACAUAUUCUAUUUUGGAAGAUCGCAGUGGGGACCAUGCCCUGUUCCACAUUGAUUCUCAAACGGGUGCAAUAUACACAGCUGCGGUGUUUGACCGAGAGACAAAGGGUUCGUAUCUCCUGGAAGUGAAAUCAUCAGAUGGAUCAGAGUCUGCUCGGCCAGGAAAACAUGGACAGCCUAACUCUGGUGAGUAGAAGAGAAACUCAAGUCCACUCAAAGCUACGAAGUAUGAAUUACCAUGUAGGUUUUAGCAGGUAUGUAUUUCAUAGCCCCAUCAGAAGAACAACAAUGCAAGGAGUGUAUUUUCAAGAGCAAAUGUAUUAUGACCAUGUAAUGGUCAUUUCUGCAAUAUUUUCCUUCCAACACAGUACAAAUGCGUUGAGCAUAAACGCCCCUUUUAACUGCUUCCUUAUACACUAUUGUGUGCAGAAAUGAUUUCUUAGGAUUCAGUCUGGACACUUUAACAGUCAAUAUACAAAUAAAUUGUUGCUGAUAAAUAAUUGGUCCAUGUGCUAUUGUCCACCACAAUUAAUAAGUAUAUAUUUAGGGUAUAGGAAAGGGCUCCUGGAAUAUAAAUUCAGCUCUGAGUUCGAUUGCCCCUUUUGUGAUUCUUCCAAGAGAAUGAUCAGGCUCAUUGCUGUUGCUUCUCUCGUAUCCCUUCACACAUUAAUGGUGCGUGGUCUGGUCAUGAACAUACUCUACCAGCAUUUGGUUCCAUCACUGGGUAAAAAGGAAGAAGCCUCCACAUGAGUCCGCUUCUCACCUGGAGUCCUCUGUGAUCUGUCCUGAAGGCAAAAAACACCAAAGCCAAUUGGAGUGGACAUAAGAGGUGCAGAAUUAGAUUGGAUAAAUACAGAAUCUUAUUAUUAGAUCUGCAAAUCUUUAUAUUUGCUGGCACAGUGUGUAAAUUCAAGGAUUUGCAGAGAUAAACAGCCCUCUAAAAGUAUCACACCAAUUAAUAGUUUUUGUAACCUUGCCCAAAAUAACAAUUGCGGACAAUCGUGGCUCAUUUUGCUGAUGCAUUUAGGACAUUAGAAAUUUAAUAUUUCAUGAAUAUGUGUUUGGAGGGACGUGUGUGUGUAUAUAUAAAAUGUUCUUCUAAACAAUGCAAAUGCAGCCCAUUCUGAAUGCAGCUGCAGGCUACGCAAAGCACAUAAUAUUGUGAAUUUGAAUUUAUAAUCAUCCCAACAUUCUCCGUACGAGGUUUAAAGGGGGAAAAAACACAAGAACAGAUUAUGGCAAUGGAGACAAAUUAACCCCAAUAAAAGAUAAUAUUGGGGCAAUGCGCCUAACAUAAAAAAAUGGCAUUGACACGAGACAUCAAUUAUUGCCAUGUUAUCCAUUGAAACAAAUUCCUGUUGACAUUUAUUUCAUCUUCAAGAGCUUUGGGAUAAUGUGUCUGUAUAAAUUGUUCCCAGCCCCCAGGGUCUGUCCUCACAUUGUCUGCAUAUUAGUUUCCAUUUAAUGUGCAGCCCGACAGUUUAAGAAAUUGCAGAUGACAGAAGUGGCUCACAAGUAUUUUAAUCUCCUGCCUCUUGUCUCUGCAGACACCGCGUACGUGCGCAUUUUCAUCAGCGAUGUCAACGAUAACCGGCCUGCGUUCACUCAGAGCACCUACUAUGCUAAUGUGGCUGAGGAUCGGGAUGUGGGAUCCAUUGUAAUUAGCGUCACUGCUAGUGACCCUGAUGAAGGUAAAAUAAAUGUAGUCUUCGUAAGUGGCGAGAAAUUAAAGUGGAACUCCUACAAUUAAAAAUAAGAAAGCCCUUGGUCAGGUUUUGAUUCAGGAGGUCCCAGUGGUGGAAACACUGUAAAAUCCCUCCCUUAAAAAAGCAAAAUUAAAAAAAUGGUUAAUAACCAGAUUUGUACACUGGACCAAGAAAGGUGCCAUCAGUAGAUCAUGGGGGAAACUGUAUGGUACAAAUUUGUGUACUAAUAUGUAGCCACAUUACUCCUUUCUUGUUCCUAGGAUAGAAUGCAGAAUAUAGUCAUGUUUUAAUGUGCAGUGGUGCUGUAAAAAACAAACAAAAAAAAACUAGUAACACCAAUAUGGUGUCAGAUGACUGGGAAACCCCACGUUCCACUGGAGAAGCAUGUGAAAGGGUGAGAGCCUUUUUUUGGAUGGUCCCUCCCGUCCAAGUCUCCCACAAAAAACAGUGUCAGGAAGAUUUAAUACAGGCAUUAUUACACUACUGGGCCUUCAUUAAACACUGAUGUCUCCUGUAAAUAGAACUUUGUAGGACCCAUAAGGCAUUUUUUCCGUAUAUUCAAGAGUCUGUAACUCAGAUUUAACGAGCAGUUGUCUCUUAAUUUGUAAAAUAAUGUCUCUGUGUAAACUCAGGUAUGAAUGCAAACAUCCGAUAUCAGAUCACAGCUGGAAAUAAAGGUGGCGUGCUGGAUGUAGACCCCGAAACAGGUGCCGUCUUCAUCUUCCAACCAUUGAAUUACGAGGAGGUCCAAGUUUAUGAACUUAGUGUUUUGGCGUCAGAUGGGAAAUGGGAAGAUUAUGCCACGGUUAUCCUCAAUGUACUGAAUAAGAAUGACGAGGCACCAGUUUUCACACUAAAUGAGUACCAAGGACAUGUAACGGAGGAACUGUCCGAUUUACCUGUUUUCGUUGUACAGGUAUGAACAGACAUACUGUUACAUAGUAAACAUUACCAAACUUUUUAAAGGAGAACUGUGACAUUUUUUUUAAUGAAACCAAAAGUAACAUGCAUUAUAACCUCUGUAAAUAAAUAUCUCUGUAAGUAAAUAACUAUUUUCAGUUAAUUUCACUGCUUACCCUUGGUCUAUGAGGGCAGCCAUCUUUAAUUCCUUUUACACAUGUGCAGUGCAAAAUUUUGAAACUGGUUGAACGUGGUUUUGAGAUACUGAUGUCAGGAUUUGUGACCAAGCAAUCUGCACUGUGUUUGGUCAGAUAAGCAGUGUUUCUGACCAAACAGAUCUUAAAGAAGGCCUAGAGAAUAAGCCAGGAGAUGCACUCAAAACAGGGUCUACUUAUGGUAUAUGUGUAUAUUAUGUUGUAAAAAAUGCAUAUAUCUGUUUACUCGAUUUUCUAGUUGAACCCUGUACUUCUUUAUUGCCAAACUAUAGCUCACCAGCUGUUUUUGGAAUUCAGCUUUCAUAAUUACCUUCUAGUCUACAGGGCAAUUAAUCCAAUCACAGCUAUAGAGUUGGGCCUCCCUAAAUGAUGAUGAUCUAUUUUAUUCUUUGUUUCCAUCUUUAAGGUUUCAGCUAAGGACCCUGAUUAUGAUGAACAAGGAACCAUCAAGUAUUCUCUCCAUGGGAAUGGUGCUAAUAACAUAUUUACCAUUGAUGAAAGGAUAGGAAAUAUUUUUGCACAAAAAACCCUGGACCGUGAAGACCAUGCUGUUUGGAGAUUUGUGGUAUUGGCAACUGAUGAAGAAGGAGAUGGACUCACUGGGUUUGCUGAUGUUAUCAUUCAUGUAGACGAUGUCAAUGAUAAUGCUCCUCAGUUCACUUGUGCCAUUACGAACUGCAGUGGGAACGUGCUAGAGCAUGCACCAGCAAACACUACCAUCUUGGAGAUGAGCGCAGUAGACCAAGAUGAUAAAACUGAAGAAUCCAAUGCAAUUUUGACUUUUUCCAUCCUUAAUAGUCCAUUGGAUCCAUUAGGGCAGAGUUUGUUUGCAAUAGAUGAAAGCUCUGGCACUAUUUAUACAGCUUUUGGAAACCUUGACAGAGAAGAGAAUGAUACUUACUAUCUUCUCAUUGAAGUUAAAGAUGGAGGUGGAUUGACUACAACAGGAACAGCAACUAUUAAUGUCUUAGAUGUCAAUGAUCAUGCCCCACGAUUUACCCAACACAGCUGGAAUGCUAUGGUCUUGGAGACCAGUGACAUCAACUCAGUUGUCCUUCAGUUGAUAGCAAUCGAUGAUGAUGUUGGGGAGAAUGCUCUACUUACCUUCAGCAUUGUUGGAGGAGACCCAGAUCACGUGUUCUACAUUGAAAGUAAUGAAAAGAACAAGCAGGCAGAAAUCAAGCUGAAGAAGAAAUUAGACUAUGAGAUCCCUCAGGAACGCAGGUUUAACUUGACUAUUAAAGUAGAGGAUCGUGAUUUUUCCACCACUUCCCAUUGUUUGAUAGAGUUGCAGGAUUGCAAUGACCACUCUCCAGUUUUCAUUCCAUCAGUUUUGACAGUGGCCCCUUUGUUUGAAAAUAUAUCUGUUGGGUCUACUGUUACUCAAGUCACUGCUUUUGAUGCUGAUUCUGGACUAAAUGGACAGUUUGUUUAUAGCAUUAGACAAGAUUCCGAUGUUCUAGGAGAAUUUUAUAUUGACCAAAGUGGUUUUCUAAAAGUAGCAAAAUCCCUGGAUAGAGAAGCCAUUCCCCAAUACAGCCUGGAGAUCCUAGCAUCUGAUCUAGGUUCUCCUCCACAAACUGGCAGCACAAUGGUGUUUCUAAAUUUGCUGGAUGUUAAUGACAAUGGUCCAACAUUGGAACGGUUGUAUACACCCAUAGUUUGGGAGAACACAGAUGGGCCUCAGAACAUACUUAUGAAUGAGACAUCUGAUUUGUUAUACGCUGUAGACCCGGAUAGUGCAGAGAAUGGGCCGCCCUUUACGUUUUCAUUACCCAAUGACUAUCAAAAUUCCUCUGAGUUCCGAUUAAUUGAUCACAGGAACAACACAGCCUCUAUUCAAACUCUCCGAGCGUUCGACCGAGAACAAGAAAAAACAUAUUUUCUUCCAGUUAUCAUUGCAGAUAGUGGAAAGCCAUCCAGAAGCACCACAAAUAUUUUAAUAAUAACAAUAGGAGAUGAAAAUGACAAUCCACAUGUAGGAGGUCAUAAAGAUAUUUACAUUUAUACCCACGGAGGUAAGUAGCAGACGUACACUGUAGUAUUCCUCCCCCUCCUGACUAUUUCCACUUAUAAAUAUAUCUUAACAAAAAAGGUUAUUGUCCAAACUGAAAAAGCAACACAUUGUUGGGAAUUUUAGAAUUUAUUUUCAAUUCUGCAUUGUCAACCUAAACUUUGCAAUUCCCUUCUCGGUUCCUGAGAAUUCCCAGUUUUAUGAAUAACUGACUUUGACAGAACCCAACAGCCUUUUCAACACGUUAGAACACUAUGCUGCCCAUAAAUAACUUUUUUAGAUACUUUUGUUUAACAUCCUCUUUUGUUGCUGUCAGCACAAAGCAGUUAGAUACUUUUUUAAUUAUUUUACAUGUAUACAUAUAUGUGUACUUUUUACAUUCAUGUGUAUUUUUUACAUCUAUGGGUUUUUCUACUUAAAGGCAUCACUUUGAGACAACUGUAUCAAUUCCAAGCUUUGCAGGCCAAAAAAAGCAGGUAAAUAUGAUUAUUUUCAUAUUCACCUGCUUCUUCGUUCUUAUGCUUUCCACACCCACUGCAGAGGGGACACCGAUCUAACCAAUUGGUGUCCUAUCCCUAGGAAUGCUGGAAAAUUGCAUUGGGCAUGCCUGAAGAUUUACAAAUAUGCAAUUGGAAAAUCUCUUCACAUUGCAACAUACUGACAUGGGGAGAAGAGAGGGAGUCUGACCAGUGUGAUCAUGCAGAGCGGGCACUGGCAUUGGGUUUCUCUCUACUGGUGCUGCCCUGUUUCUGUCAUUAGUGGACCGGUCUGAGAUUGUGAUGGGUGCGUAAGGGGUAUGCCCAGUAAUGCAAUCUGAUAACAUUUAUAGACGUUUAUUACAUAAUGUAAAAAGUGGAUUUAAAAAAAAAUAAAAAAUUGUCAAGCGAUGCAUGUUCCUUAAAAGAAUAAAAAUAAUCUUAAUCCUUUCUACUUUUGAAUUUGCUUUAUGCCCGGCACAUUUAAAGCAUAACAUGCAUAUUAAUUUACAGUUCUGUGUCUGUGCAUGUGUGUUUGCAGCACUUACGAAUGAAUUCUGGAGCAUUAAAUGUCAUGCUGAUGGUGUCCUGGACCCAAAUAUGCAACGGAGAUUAAAGGGGAACUAUAGUCCAGAAAAUACCAAUUUUAAAUAAACAUUUUUAUUAUUUAUUUAUUUUUUUCUAUAAGGUUGCCCUGGUACCUGCCAUUAGAGUGACCUUUGUCUAAAAAUGUAACGCUAAUGACCCUCUACUUACCUUUUUUGCAGUGUUGAGACGUGGUCUCGUAUGUGCAGCAUCUCAUAGCGUAAUGCUUCAUAUGCCGACUCCAGGCACCAUGACCACUUCAGGUCACUGAAGUGGUUAUGGUCAUUGGAUUAACCCUUUAUUGGUGUUUAAUACUUGCAUCUCCUGCACUGCUCAUCUUAGUACGCACUUCAGUAACAUUCACUGGGGUGACAGAAGGACGAGGAACUGUCAUUAUUGGAGAAAUGGCCGCCUGGCUUUAUUCUGGUCGUUCUAGACUCAUCCUACAAUAAAACUAGAAUGAAUUGAGGGAAACAAAAAGCUGCUUUUUAUGAACCUACUUGUGUGCAAAUAUCCCAUAACUAGGCUAAUGACAUGUAAAAUAUGUGAGCUGAUGUUUAUUAGAUCACUGUAAAUCUUCAGAGUCUGUUUAUAUACUCAAAUCGCCUGUGGGAACAGUUACUGAGCUGCGAAUUGUAAGUCUUAAUGUAAUGUUAAUGUAUGUCAGCAUCAUCUGCACGCCUUGGUUAACUGAGCUAAAUAAGAGGGACGGGAACAGAACUACUUCUAUCUGAUGGUCCCUUAGCAUAUGAGAAUGAUCUCUGUGAAAUAUUGAUGUUGAUUUAUAUGGUGGACCAAUGAGAGUUAAUCGGUGCAUAUAUAAUGGCUUGUUCUCGGAAUGUUGAGUUCUUGGAUGUUGACAACCAAAUUGUAAAAUGUAGGUCAAAGUAGCUAGGUGGCAAUCAAUCUCCAGGUCGAUUAUUCUGGUCGAUAAAGAAGCAGCUUUGUUACAAGGUUUAAUCCUCUCCUCCUCUUCUUGUUACCAGCUGCGCAGUCACCAGUGGAGGUUGGAAAAGUCUUUGCUCCAGAUGAAGAUGAUGGGGACCAGAAAACCUUUACCUCUGUGCCACACAUGCCUUUGUAAGAUCAAUUAUUUCAGUAUUGAUCAAAAAGAACCUUCAAGACAAAAGCUGGAAGUGCAUCACUGUAUAAAACAAUGUAUCCCAUUGUAGAUGUGCAGCAAAACUUCCCUGUAAUGGAUUAUGCAGUGUCAAUCACCCUUAAAGAAAUACUAUUUUCACUAAAACAAUUUUAGCUUAAUGAAGCAGUUUUGGUAUAUAGAUCAUGCCCCUGCAGUCUCACUGCUCAAUUCUCUGCCAUUUAGGAGUUAAAUAACUUUGUUGGUACAGCACCAGACAGCCAUACCUCUCUUAACUGUGACUGACCCAGCUUUCCUAAACACUUCCUGUAAAGAGAGAUCUAAUGUUUACACUUCCUUUAUUGAAAAGUCGGUUUAAUUUAGAAUGCCUUCUCUCCUGCUCUGUUUGCCCAACCUUGCAGGAGCCUUUUUAGCUUCAUUAAGCUAAAGUUGUUUUUGCUUUAUAAUGUCCCUUUAAUCACAUGCAGUUUUUAGAGAAUUAAAUCUGUUUCCCCAGAAGAGAUAGGUGGGAUUGUAUUCCAAAAGUGGAAUGUUCCCACCAAGAUGAGUUGUUUAUUGCUCUUUGGUCGUUAAAGGACAUUGAUUCCUUCAUGCACCCUUUGACUUUUACAUCCUACUAAUUUAUUAAUUAUUUCAUUUUGGUGCAGACAUAUUUUGCAUUUUUUUUCAGUUUUGUGUGAUUUUAGAAACAUCUGAAUUUAUAUUUUUAGGGAGAUCAAUUGUAUAUGUCCACUUUGGGUUAAUCUCAAAUUUGACCAUAAUUUGCUUUUGGUAAAUAUGUGAUUUCCAUUUUACACCAAAUGCUAAGUUUUUUCCUUUAGAAUCCUGCAACCAGAAUCCCAUUUAGAAACCAUGUUAAUACCCCAAAAUGCAGUUUUAUACUCUGAUCAAUGGAAAGGUCUGACAAUGGAAUCUUCUGAGUGAUAAUGCUAAAUUAGGGCUGUCUAUAUAUAAAUAAGAUGUAAAUCUUAGAAUGGAUCUUUUUUCUGUGCAGUAUUUUAUAGAUCUGUUUGUUACUCUUUGCAUCGUUCUACCUGUAUUUUGGAUUUAUCUUCUUUUUUAAAAAAAUAUGUUUAGGCCAUUUCGACUGAGCCCCAACAACGGGUCACUAAUGAUGAUGGAGAAAGCUGCGGAAGGAACGUACAACUUCAAGAUUAAGGUUUCUGAUGGGAUGUGGCCGGACGUCUUCUCUACUGUAACAAUUCACGUACACGAGAUACAAAGUGAUUCUGUCCAGAGUUCUGUGUCACUGAGGAUAACUAGUAAGUAAUAGGCACAGAUCUCACUAUAAUGGGUACUUUUGCACUGCAGGGUUCACUAAUGUGAGAAAAACUUUCAAUUUUUAAUUCCACAAUUUUGGUCUUAAAUUUGAAAUUCAUUUAUAAUUCACUUUAGUAUAUAAACCUGUAAACUUAGUUAUGGUCGGUGCUCCACUCUGAGCAAGAAACACAGGUUAUUCCUUGUCCAUUGUAUUGUGUGAAUUGAGAAUCUUAUGCACUUCCAUGAAGCUGGUGGUGUACCUACACUUUUGGCUGUGACAACAAGAGUUCUAUGCUUGCUAAUGUGAUUUCUGUAAAAAUGUGGGCUCCAACACCAGGUCAAACAGCAUGUUGGCAACAGACGGUCAAUGGCUGCAUGCCACCCUGAUCCAUGGCACCCAUGUCCUCCCCUCAGCUAGACCUCCCUGACAUCUGUCCACAACCAGUGGGGGGGAGGGGGAUGAUGUCAGCCAAGAAGGAUUGGGCUGGAGUGGAGGUGAGUUUGAGCUGGAGUGUAGGUGCUUUUUGUUUGGUUUUUGGGAGGGGUAAGGCAUAGAAAGGGUUACUGUGACCAAAAAUGGUGUUUCCGUAAAACAAUUGCAAAAUUCAAGAAAAUUAUCACUUCAUUUUGGAACUUAUUUUUAAUUUCACUACAAAUCUGUUGUAAGUGAAUACGCAUCAAAGUCUUCUCCAGUUGUGUGGAACGUGAAGUUCUCUAUAGUUCUCUAUUUCUAUCAGAAGUUUUAAAAUUUUUUUGACAAACUCUUAAAUUCUGUUUUAUAGAUGUUACCUCAGAAGAGUUGAUAGAUAAGGAUGAAUUAGGAGUAAGCCAACUUGGCCGACUUCAAACCAUCCUGGCAGACGUCGCUGCAGUCCACCCUAGCCACAUACAUAUCUUCAGCUUGACCACCACAGAGGGGAAAAUGACCGACCUCAGAUUUGCGGUUUGUGGUUCUUCUUGUUACAAGCCAGAGAUCUUACAGAGCAUCAUUGGAACACAGAGAUACAAGGUAAGUUUGUUCCACAGUCCAAAGAGAAUUUACUGGUUCAACAAUACUUACUGUAUUGAUAUGCAAUACUCACUAAUUAUACUGAAACCACUGCUUAGGUUACAUUUUAUGUGAUCUCCAUUCUCUGUAGCAGAGUAAGUGGUCAGCUCACUUAAAUCAUAUAGAGAGACAUAUAAAUCGAAGGUUUAGCUACCUCAGAUUAAUCCCAACAUGGCUGGUUUCAUUGAAACAAUUUUCAAUGUUUAUCCUUCCAAUAUUAAAAUGUCCAACAAAUUGCAAUGAAACAAGAAAUCUCUAUUCGUGCUUCUACCAUAGGUGUGUUCCACGAGCAUGGUCAUCACUGGAAUCUUAACAUGUCUAUGUGCUUCCACCAUCAAAAAUGUUAAAGGACACUACAGUCACACAGACAAUGUACCCUCAAUGAAGUGGUCUGGGUGAGCAGACCCUGUCCUUUUAACCCUGCAAGUUUUGACAGGGUUAAUUUUACCUCUACUUGCGUCUUCCUGACAUCCUCUGGAAGAGUUCCCACUGCACUUACAGAGUAAAAUUUGUUUGUGACGCGGACGCCCAUUGGCACGCAUUAAAUACAAUGUCUUCCUGUGGGGAAGUCUGAUUGUGCAUUAGGUCCCCAAUCUAUAAAGAAUAUUGGAUUGGACCAUCCUGCGGAGACUGUGCCCCCUACCCGAGAGGUUCUGCAAAAGGGUCUACAAUUUCAGGAAUCCUCACUGUAUAUGUUUUGCUUGGGUAUAUAAGCACUUAGUCAUGACACAUAUAAUGUUGGUUUCAGACCACCUUAAACUAUGAAAUUAAUUAAAUACCUCAUAUUGAUGUUUGCAUAUAAGGUAGGGCAAAGGUUGAACUACUUUGUUUUUAUAGCCACUUUUUAAAUGAUUGGAAAUAAUAAUAAUAAUUAAAAGGUAAACUUUAAAUUGGAUGAGAGUGCACCGUAGCUACAGUCUGCGUGUGAUUGCUCCGAUGUGUUCCCAGUGACCUGUCAAUCUCUGCAGAUCUAUAAAUCCCUCCAUGGCUAUUAACUAAGAGGAUUACUCACUAAACAGCGAAUGAAAGUGAACUGAAAAUUCAACUGAAAUAUUUAGGCAAUAACGGGCAAGUUGUGACUAUGGCCAAGUUGGAGAAUUUUUACAAAUGGUCCGUUUUCACCUAAAUGUUGUAAAUUGGUUUGUGAUUCAGUACAAUUGAAUUUGAAUUGCUUGGCAUUCACAGUGAAUUACAAAUGUUUUCCUAAAAUUGAUAAACUGAAAACAUAAUGGACUUAGAGAUUUUUUCCAAUUCCUCUAUUUUGAUAUAAAAUGUGAAAUUUUUUUAAAUUCACUUUAAACUUGCGACAGCUACAUAUUAUUGAAUAACCAUGUUGGGGUAUGCUAAGUACAUUGAGUUAUUCUGUAGAUUAGGUAAGGCUGGUAAAUAAGACGUUAAAGGGACACUCCAAGCACCCAGACCACUUCUGGCGGGGGAGGAGAGUGGGCUGAGCCUGACCCAGCGCCGAGAGACAUCGGUGCUGGAUUCAGGUAAGUCACUGAAAGGGUUUUAACUCCUUCAGCAACAUGGGAUAGGGGGGUGGAAGAGAGGGGGGCACUGCAGGAUUCUCCGGUGCCAGGAAACGGGUUUGUUUUCCUGGCACUGGAGAGUCCCUUUAAUCAUUAGAGAUUGGAAUUUUCCUGCUGACCUUGCACUUAUCCGUUACAGGUAAUUUGCUUACCAAUUACGAUACAUCGGCAUCAAAGAAUAAUUUGUCAGUUUGCAUUUUCAAAAAGCUUCCAGAAUGUGACUACAGACAGUGGCAAAGGGACCCUCACAAUGUGAUUUUAAUUGAUGGAUUUGCCAAGUACCUCAGCAGAAAGAAUACCUAGCUUGAAAAACAAAGAAUAUCAGAACUCUGAGAAUGGACCAAAGCUUAGUGAAGCUCGGUAGCUUGCCCUUUCAGGAAAUCCCCACUCAGAUCUCAAAAUUGUAUUUGCUUACUUGUUCCAUUACAGAGAGAACAUAUUGGAAGCAUAUCAGACCGGUCCCAUCUAUAAGGGCAGUCCAGAACCAAAAUGCUGGCAAGUUCUCUCUGCACGAGAGAUACAGCAACCCCAGACAAUCAGUUUCGGCCUUCUUUGGGCCUCGUCAGCAAGGUGUACCUGAUACACCUCUAGGCACAGUGAGCAGAGGGUCCAUGUCUGGAUUAUCCUUUUAACGUGGGGAGAGCCAAGUUAAUGCAUUACAACAAAAACAAAGAAUAAGUUAUCUCUGUAAUGGCACAAGUGAGUAUUUUUGAGAUCUAAACAGGGAUUUACUGAAGGGCAGGCUACUGAGUUUCUCUAUGCUUUAGUCCGUAGAGUUCUCAUAUCCUUUGUUUUUGUUGCAAUACCUAGAUUCAGCUAAGCUAGUUGAUUGCUAUGUCAGUUCAUUUCAUGUAUUAUUUGAAUUGUUUGUCUAAAUGUAGAAGUGCUUAUAAAGUGCUUGAGUGGUUAUCUUUAACAGGUCCAAGCAGCCCUGAAAUCAAAUAGAUCCCAUGUCGAGAUUGAUUUCUGUUUUCGUGCCAGCUGUGAGAAUAGUAGUGGCUGCACUUCCCGUGGCACAGUCAGAGCAUUGCCAUCACUCGUGGACAGUGGCAGAGUCUCCUUUGUCUCUGUUCUCACAAAUAUUAACUUGGGGUGCAAAUGUCCAGCUAUUAAGAGAGUCCACCAGACGUGCUCUUCACAGCUCCGAAACCCCUGUCUGAAUGCGGGCACCUGUACAACCACUCUCGACGGUUACAGGUAAGUGAGCAGCGAGUCUGGCAGUCUGGAUGAUGUGUAUUGCAACUCUCAUCAUACUCAGCCAAACCAACACAGUCCUUUUAGAUUAAAAUAGUUAUUAAAAUAUCUAUAUAUAAUUAAAAUAACUAUAUAUAAUUAAUAGGGAAUUGUUAUUUCCCAAGAUUUCUAUAUUACAUUUAAUUAUAACUUAUAGUUGACAAAUAUGUGUUUAUGAAGUUUUCAAAAUCUGUAUAAAUCCACAGCACUAUAUUCACCUCUGUCCUGGAACGGAACGCAGCCAUCUUGACUCCCUAGCCAUCAUUGCUAUAAAUUGUGAUCUUUUCACCUGUCAGUCAUUAUAGAGAGAGCAUUCCCAGAGAAAGAGACACAGAAACAUUGUUUUCAAUUUCCCUUCUCUGAAGCAAUUUGCGCCCUGGCUGUGCCAACACUGAACUUUAAUAUACAUUUAAAAGAAAGUGUGCACGUGUUAACGUUUUAUUUUCCCCACGUUAUAAGUGAUUUCCAUUGCUUUAUCCAAUGGUGUUAAUUCCAGAGAAGUGAUCUGUGUUUUUCAUUGCAUUAUGUGAAAUUCAAGCUUUAGAGAAAUGUGAAGUGAGACGUUCUGGCACAGAACGGGUUAAACCAGAGGCCCUGGCAGAUGGCACAGGAGUCUGUGUUAAGUUAACAGAGUGCCCUUCAUGUAUGACAUUGUUUCUGUAAUCCCAGCAUAAAUCCGAUUUUGCUACAAGUAUAAGAAAUUGCUCAUUGCAAGGGAGAAAAAAAUCAAACAAAAAAAACCCAAAACAAUCUGGUUAGAGCUUUUAUUAUUAAAACUCUUAUAUUUCAUGCUUAUUUGAAAAUCGCUGCUCAUAGGAGACACUCUGGUAAAUAGUGGAUUACCGGAUUACAGAGAGUAGCAUGUGGGAAGGACAUAUUAUAAUCACCUAUUCAGUUACAGAGGAUAAAUAGACAUGCCUUGGUGGUGCCCUACUAGAGUAAAAAGGGGAUGAUUUUAUAUUACAGGAUGAUUUGCUAAACAAUGAAUUUUAAAAGAAAUGCUAUAGGCACCAAAUCAACAUUAUUUAAUUGAAGGAUCACUAUAGUGUCAGGAAAACAAACCCAUUUUCCUGACACUAUAGAGCCCUAAGGGUGCCCCCACCCUCAGGGUCCCCCUCACUUGGCGCUGAAGGUUAAAACCCCUUCAGCAGCUUACCUUAAUCCCUCGGCACUGGUGACCUCUUUUCCCCCACCGACGUCAGAUCCCGAGUGGAGCAGAAUGCGCAUGCGCGGCAAGUGCCAUGCGCGCAUUCAAACAGUCCAUAGGAAAGCAUUUCUCAAUGCUUUCCUAUGGACAUUCUGCACGCUGGAGGCAAAUUUCUCUGAAACUGCUAUGUUUACAUCUGAAUGGUUAAAACCUGAGGGACCUGGCCCCCAGACCACUUCAUUGAGCUGAAGUGGUUUGGGUGACUAUAGUGUCCCUUUAAGUGGUUCUAGUGUAUAGAUCUCAAUUCUCUGCCAUUUUGGAGUUAAAUCUCCCUAUUUAAACAGACAUAGCCACACCGGUGCUUCAUUGUUUUUUGGUGCUUCAUUGUUUUGGUCACAGAUGUGGAUUAGAACAACAACAAAAAAACGCUCUGGAAAAAUGCCUUACUCAAAAGCAUUCAUGUUUUUUUUUCCUCUCCAGAACUGCUAAAUUGCUUACAUUUGAGAAGUCUGGUUGGCCAGUUGUUCUCAUGUCAACCUUUUCUGUAGCAAAACUACAACUUCUAUAAUACUCUGGCAACUUUCAGGCUGUUCGAGCAUCAUGGGAGUGGUAGUUCUUCAGCUGGGUUUUACCUUUUGAGCACCCAGAUAUGAACAGUGUAUACAAUCACACAAUGUCUAAUCCUGAUUCCAAAAUGUCCUAAAAUGUAUUGCCAUGCAGAGACUGUAAAAUAUCACAAAUUCUGUAUGACUUCCUACAGGGACACUGUACCAGAACAACUAUAACUUAAUGUAGUUCUUCUAGUGAGCAUAGUGAAUCCCUGCAGGUCUAUUGCAGUAAACACUGUUAUUUCAAAGAAAAGACAGUGUUUACAUUACAGCCUAUGGAUACCUCCAGAUGGCUACUAAAGGUGCUUCCUGGGGCAGUGCUGCACAGUGUGACUGACAUUCAGUGUCUCCACCCUCUUCAUGAAGACGCUGAACUUUCCUCUCAGAAAUGCAUUGAUUCAGGUCCGCCUCCUUGGCUAUGAUAAUCAGAAUUGUCAAUCUCAGCCAAUCCAAUGCUUUCCUAUGGGAAAGCAUAGUGAUUGGCUGAGAUCAUCACUUCUGAUGAUGUCAGCCAAAGAGGCAGAUCUGGGGCUAAGCCAACAGCGGCAGACUGGAAUAAAGGUAUGAUUUUACUAUAUUUAGGGGAUCAAAGGGGGUACUAGAUAGUGUUUUUAACACUACAUGGGCCAGGAAUGCAUGUUUGUGUUAAUGACCCUAUAGUGUUAAAAAAUUGCAGCUUUUCCUGUAAUGUGGUUAUUUUGAUCUCUGUUUCUAGGUGCCACUGUCUCCCUCCAUUCCACGGGCCACUCUGCCAGCAGACAGAGAGAUCCUUCCACGGUAAUGGCUAUGCAUGGUUCCUUCCCAUCAGCCACUGCUCAGAGAGUCAUCUGUCCCUGGAGUUUAUAAGUGAUGUACCAGAUGGACUCUUAAUUUACAGCGGACCUUUAUCCAAUCAGCUUCAAGGAAGCGGUCAGAAUUUCAUGGCUAUUGGUACGGCAUCAUUAAAUAAUGCUUGGUCCCUCUGGAUUACAUGACCUAACUGUCUAGUAAAGUUUCUCUUAUGUAGAUACUCUGAGACUGUGAUGAGUUUUAUUCGUGACAAUCGGAACGCCUUUAAAUAAAGGGCACUAUCAAAACCGAACCUUUUUAAUGAAUAAUAUAAUAUGAGCACAGCUGGAACAGUGCUCGGUUCAUUACAUCGCAGAUUAUAAGAGUAAUAAAGAGGCUUAGGUCUAGGAGGAACACAAAGCCAGCAUGCUGUGGAAUGUGACUCCCAUCAUUUCCAGCCAUACCCCACUGUGUGACAAUGACAUCGGAUCAGAGCGGUGUAUCUGGCGCAGUCAUGGCAAAUGUGAAUUUACUGUGAUGCAACUGCUAGUUUUUGAAUUGAACACCAUUUACGGAAUUAAAGUGAAUCAUUUAAAGUGAAUAGUGAAAUUCUAUAUUGGGGGGAAAAAAAAGAGAAUCUGAUUUUGUUUUUAGAAGCAGUAAAUACCUGUAUAUUCAUCUCUAACACAUAUAGUUAAAUAGUGAAAUCAGGAUUGUGUUACAGAGCAGAGGACCUAGCUUCUACGCGAACUGCUUAUUGAGCAAUUAAGGUUCUUUUUCCCCCCUUUUUUGUCCUUUAAGAAAUUACGAGCGGUGUGCCAAUUCUGAAGAUCAGAGAGGACAGUUCCACCCACCAAAUUCAAUUUCCAGAACGUGUGAACGUUACUGAUGGGAUGUGGCACCGGAUUGACAUUAGGAUGAAAGGAAAGGUUAGUCGGACAUCAGUUCCCAAUCAUUUACCUAAUCGAGCAGAAAUACCUUGACAUUUUGAUGCAACCGAGCAAAGCCGAAGCCAUUAUUUUCCCAUAAUGCACUGUACAUCUGAAUUAUGCAGAUAUAUUCCCCUGUCUCCUAUUAUUACAAAACCUGCGAAGCUAUGAGGCUCGCUCACCUUGGGUUAAUGAUCAGUGCCCCGAGUAUGAAUCAAUAAAGGUUAGUUUGAUGAAUUAAAGUUUACCAUCCUUUUGCGCAGGAAGUUAAUGUGACUCUGGACCGCUGCAUGUCCGCACUUAUCCAUGAAAAGGAAGGUGUUGGGAUGAAACUAUUAACGGAGGAUCGCUCAAGCUGUGAGAUCCGAGGGCUGAUCACAGAGGACAGAAGGUACAAUACAAUCUGGUAGAUCUGAGUGUCAUAUAAGAAAUUUAAAUGGUUAUUUGGAAUUAUGUGCGUGGGGCCAUUAGGACAUUUUCUAUUGGAGUAGCAAUUCGCAUAGAACCCAUUGAAGUGAAUCUGAUGAUCCAAUUCUAGGGCUUAACUCCAGAAAAGGGGUAAAGCAACAUUUGGCACUCCAGAUAUUGAGGACUAUAUUUCCCGUAAUGCUAUUGCAGUCAUUUUGCUGUGAAAGCAUCAAGGGAGAUGUAGUCCAUGACCUCUAGAGUGCUGAGUGCCUAAAAUAUCCUUUUAUCCUCAUUCGCCCUCCCCAUUCGUUUUAUUGGGGUGUAAGGUUAUUGGGAAUUUUAGCCAAGCAUGGAGUGAGGGUUAGACGGAAUAUCACCAUGUGAUUCAUGGCCCUCUAAAAAUGUUGUAAUUGGCAAGUCAGAGUAAGGAAAUCCCUGUUCGACUAUGGUAUAACAUGGCCACAAUCACAGUCACUCUGUGCAUUUCGUGACCAGUGCCAUACAAAGCUUAGUGCAUUUUGAUAGGGGCCAUACUCAUUGAUCAAUAGGGGGUUGAAUUUACGGAUAGUGCAACUGGUGUCCGUCUUUUAAAGGUAUUGAAUAAUUAAACAGCGAUUGCUUUCUUUGAAGAUUUUGGGAUCCCCAUCCGGUGCUGCAGCUGGGAGGAGUAAAGCCAUCAGUUUCCCAUUCUUACCCACUCCUGACACACAAACACUUCAAAGGAUGUCUUCGUAACGUCAUUCUCAACAAACAGGUGAGAGGCACUGCGGCCUAGCUAAUAACACUUAAAGAAGCCACGUCUUAUUACACCACACCAUUGUGGUGUUUUGCACAUUGCAUGACAUUGGGGGAUAACUUGUGGACAUUACAGGGAAUCUGGCUCUGGCUGAUUCUGUAGCAAUUUUAGAGUUUUCUAAAUUCAAAUAUGUAGAUCUACAGGUUCGUCAAGGAAUUAUAAUCAUUUCUAGUGAAAACCAAAACAUUCUCUUUUGGUUUAAUCUUGAGACGGCAACAUUUCAGUUCUACGACAUUCAUUCUAUGAUAAUGUAUUUGGUGCAGCAGCGUUUUUAUGAAGCCGUUCCACCAUGGAAGCAAUAUACCUUCUUGCAGGUUACCUGCCACAAACCGGAUGAAAAUUCCCGUCUUGAUCUCGACGGUUUCUCUAGAAGUUAAUGAACUGCUGUCUGACAUUCAGUCUGCUGCUUUUCCCACCAUUGAUUUAAUUAGAAUAGAAUUUCGUAGUUAAACCUUACUUUCCACUUAGUUCGUUACUAACAGGGUUAUUCAAUAAACUGAAAAGCGAGUUUAAAAUGUAAGACUAAAAUAGCCAAACUGGAAGCAUAGCUGCCUUGAAGAUUUUUAAAAGUUUGGCCUUAAAUAAAAAAAAAACUCUGAUUUCUUGAUAAUUGUCAUUUUGGUGAAUAACCCUGAAUGUAAUGCUGUCAGUAAAUAGUUAAGCAGAAUGGUAGAAAUUUACUAUUUUAAUUUAUUCACUUGUAAAGUGUCUGCACCGUAUCGAGCUAACAAGUUCCUCAGCAUGGCACAAUUACUGUUGUGCUAUAACCAAAGGAAAAAAAAAACAAUAAAAAAUGAAAAUAAAAAAAACUGUUAGAAGUGUGAAGAGGUUACAGAUAAUCCUGCUCAGAACCACUUCUAAUAUAGACUUAAUGGCAUAAUGCGGAUUAAACAAUUUUAUCGCACCUCUCAUAUUUUGAUAAUAUUGCAUUUUAAAAAUCAACAUCACUGUUCAUAUCAAUCACCACGACACAGGACUCUUGAUUAUCGAUUUAUUUAUUCGAUGUUUAAGGUAAUACACAAAAUGUUCAAUACCUCUAAAAUAUGUUUCCUUUACAGAAAUACUGAUUUCAUUAAUACCAUGCCACUAGGUAAUUCCGUACCUGCUGAGAUAAUGUUGGUCACAUUUUGUUCCGUGUGUGUUUUCCUUUUAAAAGAUGUAUGAUCUCGGAGCCCCUAUAGAAACCAUAAAUAGCUCUCCCGGCUGUCAGAAAAAGAGUGGUAUUUGUGAAACAUCUGGAUCAUCGUCAUGCGAAGCUCUGUCCAGAUGUGCGGGGGAUCCCGGCUCGACCAGCUGUGAAUGCGUGACUACCCAUAACGAACAGGAAUGUGGAAAAGGUACAUUGUAUGCGUUCACGUGUAAAAGUGAACAUACAACAUGUCCAUAAGUAAUGCAUGUUUGGGGGAGACAUUAUAGUGAAUAUUCUGUACUACAUGAAUAAACAGGCAGCCUCCCAGCUGUUGUGAUCUACUUCUCCCUCUUCUGGUGGUUCCAUGAAACAGCUAGAUGGAUACAUAUUGGCUAUACAUUGUGCUAAAAGAAAUGCAAUUUAGAUAAAGUAAAGCUACCUUUUCCUUAUUCUUAUCCUCUCCCUUCUGAUAUCUUCUGGUAGCUCAGCAUACAGCUUAGAUAUAUGGUAUAUGUGGCUGCAUUGUAGUAUCACAAGGACAUUGGAUUUAAAACCAAUAUUCUCCUAUUUCUUUGCUCUAUACGUUGGUUUCCAUUUCUAGAAACAUUAAACAGCUGUCUAGCAGAUCACAUUUAGGCAACGUUUGAGAAUGUCUCACUUUGAGACAUUGAUGGAAAGUGAGGAGGUGAGUGAUGAAAGUAUAUAUACAUAUCUUUUCUAUUUGAUUUACGAAUAAUACUGUAGAAGUCAGAAGUGUGGCACUGUACAAUUACAUAGGAACAUGUAGAGCGUCUGAAUUUUGAAAGGAUAAUAGAAAUACUUUGUGUUCAUAACUUAUGUAAGAGAGGCUUCCAGUGAACUUGGGGAGAAGGUCAAUCUAAGUAUUUUGUUGGAGAUCUAUCCCCGUGAUUAAAGGUUAAGUAGCACACGGUAAACUCCUGCCAGGGUUAGCUUAGACGAACGUCCUUCUGAGAUCGAUACUAGGAGUUCUAUUAGGUUGGCUAAUAACAGAAAGGUCACAAGAAGUGCCAGAAAAAUAGGAACACUGACUUAUACCCUUUCUGAUUAGACAGAUGUUUUAGGAGGAAUCUCUGCAACAGCAAAACUAUCAACUUGCUCUACUCACCCAUAGUCCACAAAACUGGGCAGCUGUCAAUGUGUUCGAUCCAUGCUAAAUGUAUGUAUAACUUCGCAGCAGUCAAGGUUCUCAGCAUCUUCAAACAUGAGCACAGGUGGUGUAAAUGAUGUCUCUGUCUGACAGAUCCACCUAUAUUCAUAUUCUGAGCCUCCAAGGUUCAGGAUGAAGGUAUCUUCUGGGAACCGAUGUUCUUGCCCACCUCAUGACCUACAAACAGCUGCAGGAGUUUUCUGGCAGUAACCCUUGCUAAGUAUCUAAUCUGAGUAAGCCCAUUUACUUUUCCUUUCCAGUUGCGAAGGAACACUACUUUCAUUCAGGCAGCUAUAUCCGUUACCAGUUUCCUCAUGCACUUAAUCCACAAAGGACAUAUUUUCAGACCAGAUUAAGAACACGACAUGCUGACGGCACAAUCCUGAGCCUGUUUUCAAAAGACCAAACAGAAUACAUUCACCUACAGGUACAAAGUAACUGAAAUAUCAUAAAAUUAUACCCUAUUUCAGUCCUACACUGCAAGCUAGUUCUGAAGUAGUUAACCUUUUUAACUCUCUAACCGAUAUAUAAUUUUAUGAUACCAAACAAGGCUACAAUAAUGUGGGUUCGUGGAAAAUGUAGUUUUGGGACAGCUGGAGAUAAGUUUCCAGAUUCACCACGACUUCCUGGAAAUUGUUCAUGUUGAUGGGCAGUACACUAUGGGGAAUUCAUAAGCUAAAAGAGUCUUUGUCCAUCAACUACUUUUAUUUCUUAUCAACAGCGUUUGAAUUCCGCACAUUUUCUAGGGCUGCUAAUCAAUUUGUAGAUUUAUGUCCAGGAAAAUAUGGUGGUAUUGGCAAUGCUAGCUUAGGAGAACACCUGGUUGACUUCUCCCGCACUAGGUGAUCAAGUUGGAGAACUGCUGGAUGACCCUCAGUUUCCUAGACUUUUUAUAGAGGUAUGUCUCCUUCUGUUUGACAAGGUGGCGGAGGGACUCCUGAAGGUCUCAUACAACAUUGGUGAUGGUGAUAACACGGUAAAACUUCCUGACCACAAGAUUGACACAGGAGAGUGGAAUGAAAUCAGUAUGGAGAGAGUGCACAAUGAAUUCACACUUCGUGUAAAUGGAGGAGGUGGACACCGCGAAAUAACAGAAGGGCAUGGAACAUACAAAGAAAUUAAAGUCCAUCCGAGCAAUAUAAUACUUGGAAGUAACAACUUCAACAAACAAAGUUAUCAAGGUAACAAAACAGAUGAACGAUAAUAAUUGUUGGGAUAUAUACUAUGCCAAUGGGUGUCUGAUAUUGAUUUAUAGAGACAGAUAGAAAUACAGAGCUAUGGAUAAAGCGAUGCACACGCAGACGGAUUAAGAUCUCACCGGGCCUGGGGCAGGUUGCCAGUUAGGGGCUUUAUUCCUCAAACAGUAAUGGUUAAUGGGUCCAAGCGAAUUCACUAUUCUAUGAACCCCUGUCUGACUCUUGGGUCAUAGGCAGCUGUCUAAAGUCCCCCUUACGGUUAAUCCUGCUCUGUAUGUCUUUCUAUCAAUAAAGAACUUAAUUUUAAAGUAGUAAACAUUGAACAUGACUUUUGGGAGUUCAAAUUGUUACUCAACCAUUAAAUGUUAGUCCUUCUCUAGUGAUUGAAGGUAAUAUUAAAUUUUACUGUAUUAUUGUUUUUUGUUUUUAUUGUUAGGUUGUUUGAGGGAUGCAAAAUUGAAUAACUACAGACUUCCAAUGGAAAACCAGACUACCGCUCCAUUGUUUAUCAUCAAUAAAAAGGGAGUGAGUGAGGGCUGCUUUUCCGAGGCCUGCAAAAGCAACCCUUGUAGUCACGGAUUUAUCUGCACUGACUUGUGGAUGAAACACGAAUGCAGGUAGAACCUUGAACCUAGCCUAUGUUUGUUGUGUUAUGAAUAUACAUUCCUGAACAGGUCACGGUACCAGCAGAACAGGUGGAUCAAUCACUGAAUGUACUGUAAGGUGAUGGAUUCCCCUUCACGCAAAUCAAAGACUUGCCUGAGAUGUACCUAAAGUUGUGUUUGGCUUGCCUGAUAAUGGAGGCAUGAAUGAGUUUAACAUUUUGUUUGUUUGCUGUAGGAAUCAGAGGUUAAGAUUAUGAUGAUUGCCGCACUGGGUAGAUGCAUUUGGAAAUAGUGUUUUGAGUUUGGUUUGCUAAAAGCGAAUCCAACCAAGAUCAUAAAUUACUAAAAUAUGCAGCGAUAGCUUUAUUUCAACUCUUCUGACCAUUGAGGAAAGUUCAAUAAUAGGCUCUAUCUUGGGAGAAGUAGAUGAUGGUGGUAUUCAUCACAGAUAUAUCUGUAACCUGAGAUAAAUGUGCUCAACAUGGAUUUUUAUCACUAUCUGACAGGUUUAAAAGAGUAGAACAUCCUUAAACUGUGUCAAAUGUUCGAUCAUCUCAACUCAAUUCAAAAUGGCUGCCUUAAAUGAGUACAGAAGACAGAUGAGCUGAACGUUUACUAAAUCAUAGAGAGCAGCAUCAGCCGUUUUCCAUUUGUAUCAACAAUAAAUUGUUUUUAUGACUUCUCUGUACUCACUACUAAAAUGUUUACUGUGUAAUCCUGACACACUGGAGGUACAUACAUAUACACCUCCAAUGCACCAUCAGGUUAUGAGUGCUCCCAUGAUGUAUUGUGUAUGCAUAUCUACUACUAGGCCAGCUGCAUGGGCUUGUGGGAGUUUGCCCUUUCCUUUAGUUUCAUUUUUUUAAACAGUCUUUAACCCUUUCUUUAACCCCGCAGCUGCCCAGCAGGUUACCUACCGAUUGAAAAUACUACAGACCCGCACUGUAUGUACACAAUGUGUGCCAAGCUUCCCUGUAGGCAUGGCACCUGCAUUCCACUCUCGCCAACUGAAUUUACCUGCCACUGUGCCGAGGGCUAUGUUGGGAAUAUUUGCCACAUCCCACUGGAAGCUUUUGGACCAGGACUAUGGUUCAGUACUAUAUACAUCAUCUCUACAUGCUUCCUGUCACUCAUCGGUAAUAUGCAAUUUCUUAUGCACUCUCAUAUGAAAUGGUACACAGUUUAAUUAUAUAUAUAUAUAUAUAUUAUAUAUAUAUAUAUAUUUAUAUUAAGUGCAAUGGGAGUACCUUCCAGCCACACCAUUUACCAACAUUACUUCUUUCAGAGGUGUUUAGUCCCCCUGCAAAAAAGUCAAACUCCAAAUUUGAGGGGGGUUGACAGAGCUGCUUUAUUGCCAAUAUAAGCAAACUAGAAAAAUUCUCUCUCUUGGUUAGUCUUGCAUUUCAUUUGAAAUUUACUUAGAAUUUAUGGCAACAAUUCACUUUAGCGGAUAAUCCUGUACGUACAUACAUACAUACAUAUAUAUAUAUAUUUUCUUUCUCCCUCCCUAUGAUUAAGGGCUACAUGUUGAACCCCAAAACAAAUUGAUAAGCCUGUGUGCAGAAUUAAAUUUCCAUAUACGUGUGGGAAAAUGUCUCAAUAAGAAUGGAACAUCUUUUAUCCAUUUGCAGUUCUAAUGGCUGGAGUCCUUAUGUGGUCUCACUGUAAACGGAAGAAACGGUUAAAUCGGGGAGUUUAUCAUGUGUCGGCACACGGUCGAGAGGUGGAAGAUACCAGGCAGAAUAUGUUCCAUUAUAAUGAGGAAGGAGGAGGAAAGGAAGAUCAUGUAAGUCGUACAACUCGUCCAGAAUACUGCAUCCAUGUUGUUUCUAUUAAAGGGGCCGUUCUUCAAAUCUCACUAAUUUCAGUCAAUUUAAAGAAUUUAUAUUGUAGUGAACUGAAAACCAAAUUGCGGCAAAAAGUGCUUAUCUGGACAGUUUCUCCAAUUCAGCUACUGUAUUGUAAAAGCCUGACUAGUUUUUUGUGCAUUGUGAAAUUUGCUACGAUUCGGUGUUUAGUAAAUAAAUCCCUCUGCUUUCAGACAGCGGAAUGUCCACUGCCCAUAGUAUUCCAAACGGCAGUUUAUUCACUACUUUGGGAAUUUAUCUGUGAUUUGCAUUUAUAUAGGAAUGUAUUCACUAAACUGGAGAACACUCAAAUGAGUUGCAAAUGUUACAUCCAACUAGUAGAAAUAGUUAAUUUCGUGCUAUUUUGAUGUACGAUUUGUAAUUUGCACAGGAUGGAAUCUGUGUACUGACGAAAAUCUCAAAAGAUAAAUAUACUAAAGUUUUAUUUGUAUUUAAAGAGAAAUGUCAUCUCAAGUAAAGAUUGAUAUGCAUUUCACGAGAUUAUUCUCUUUCAGACCAAAAUGCCACAGAAGCGGGCACGGAUUUAAUUCCUAAAGGGUUAACGGAGGAUGAUUGUUCCUUCCCCAUUCUUCUCAAAAGUAAAAGUAAGUGACUUGCCAAUCAGGUCUAAUUAGAGUUAUUGUUCUCUGCAGGACGCGUUCAACAUGACAGAACUCCAGCUGUCUCUUCGGAGCAGCCCCAUGCACACGCUCCGCAGGAAGACAAGAGAGCGGCAUAUAAAUGGUCCCUUAAGCUGUGAUUAUGAUACGUCUGUCAGCCAGAAGGAGCCGUCACAACUGCCAGCAUCAGAACUGAGCUGUUCUUUUACCAGUGGAGAUUUCAGCCAAUAUUUCUAUGAUGUCUUUCAAGAUGCGGCCUACAUCCAAAGGGCACUGUCCUGCGACAGCUUAAAGGUAUAUAAUCUGGAAGGAGAUGGAUCUUUGGCUGGAAGCCUUAGCACACUGGCAUCAUCUGGCCUAGGAGACGACAUGGAGUACGAAGAAGAGCUGAAACACUGGGGGCCAAAGUUUGUGAAUCUCUGUAAACUUUACUCUUAUACAGAGGAGGAUGAGCUGCAGUGAGAUCCAGAGCUCCUAGCAAGAGAGAGAACAUGUGGAUUCAUGGCCAAGUAAAAUCAACGCACAACACCUGCUGUGUAUUACAGAUUAUGGUAUUUAAUUAACAUAACGCAUGUUUGCAAAAUGAUGUCCCGGGAGUAAGCAACUCAGAUGGUGAUUGAACAAGUUAAAGGGAUGACGUACCAAAGAACUUACACUCUGUUUAGGUGGAUUCCCUCGCAGCCAAGGGAAAUGUGUAAAUAGUAACCUCACCCAAAUCUUCAGGAACUUUUAUGUCAAUCUCACUUUGUGAGAGAACUCUCCUAACCGGAGCAGACUUCUUUUAUAGUUGUGCGUGUGUCUGUAGAGUUCAGUAGAUUUAGGUUUAUAUUAAGAAAGCAGACUAGCAACUUGUCUUAACACUUCAAUUGCCAGAGACCCUUCUCAAUGCAAUGGAAGUAAAUGCACCUGGCCUUCGAGAUACUAAAUGUCACCUACUGGGUCUUGAGAAGAUUAUGGUUAUUAAAACCUAGCAUUAAACAUCAAUGAGACAGUAAUGCUUCAUAGACUUUUAGACGAAAUAGACUUUCGUUUCUAUAAAUGGCAGUAUGUGAAGUUGUGGGACAUGGUUCACGGGUCACUAAUAUUGAAGCCGUCAUUUUAUACAGGAAAAUGGACUAUUCCUAUCUAUGCACUGUCUGGUCACUAACCAGAUUUCAAUUCUAGCUGCAUUUUGAUUGAUUGGCUGAAAAGAGUUUUAUAUUAUUUAGCUGUAAAACCAUAUUACUAAAUUUAGACUGAUGAAGAAAAUUUAGAGAGAUAUAAAACCUUUCCAAUUCCAUUAACAAGCAUAUUUUAUAAGCAGACUUUCAAUUCACUGAUCAGUUUGUAAAUCCCAGAGAGUCACCUUAAAUGUUAUCUACAUUUCCCCCCUUUACCUGCUACGAUUGGGCUGAGAUUCUUAUAGCACAAAAAUGUAUUACAGGCAAGUCCCAUAGCUUUUACAUACAUACAGUGAACUUGUCUCAGUGCUCUAUUACAUGGAGGCCAUUUAUAUUAAAAAGUUACUGGCCCUUUUAAGAAUUUGUUUUAUGCUGUAGAAGGUCAUGAAUUUAUUUUAACCCGUCUGAAGACGUUUAGGCAAGGUUAACAUUUUUACAAUGUGAAUUAUUUUAUCCCAGGAUCUGUGCCGUACUGUAAUCUGGUCCUCCUGUGUUUGCGGACGGUGCUGUGGUCUCUCGCACAUCCGUACAAUACUGUGUUUAUGUGCCUUACACAUCUGCAUGUAUUAGCUUGUGCCAAACCCCAUGUAGUUCAAACUCUGUUUGACCAAUAAAAUGACCUACCACUCUUUUACCUGAAGGUUGAAUUUGUAUCUUUACAGAAGUCAGAUAAGAAUGUUAAGUGCUGUAUCAUGCAGUCCACUAGCUAAUUAAGCUACAAGACUUCUAGUUAAUGGCCAUAGAUAGUUAUUGUUUAGCCCUAUAAUUAGGGAUGUUUAAGGUAAAU